AUGGCGUCGAAAGUUGAUAACGAUAACGGGGACCAAUCUGACACCCCAAUUGCCAUCUGCGGUGUCGGUAUUCGGCUCCCUGGAGGCAUUCGCGAUGCUGACCAAUUGUGGGAGUCCAUUGUCAACGGUCGUGACUCUCAGGUUCCGCCACGGCUGGAUGGUAGCGAUCAACAAGAUGUGGGAUCAGCUGAUGCCUCGGUUUUCUCCAUGACCGACGAAGAGGCCAAGACCUGUAGUCCACAACAAGUAAAGCUUCUGGAGGUUAUCCGCGAGUGCCUUGAGGAUGCGUGUGAGGUCAACUACCGGAGCGAAGAUGCUUGUGUUGGCUGCUACGUUGGCAUCCUUGGAGAAGACGAUGCAUCGAUAGUACUGUCGAAAAAUGGUAUGAAGGGACCAAGCAUGGUGGUUAAGUCGUUCCCGUUAUCAUCUCUUGUGGCUUUACACAAAGCUUACUGCGCUGUGCGAUCUGGCGAUGCUAGAUCUGCAGUCGUUCUGGGUUUUGAGAACGGGGCAGAAAUGGGUGAGGCAGUGUCGGCUGUAUAUAUCAAGACGUUGCCUGAUGCCAUCCGUGAUGGUAACCCAAUUCGUGCUGUCAUUCGAGAAUCCGGUGCAGGAAACAUCACGAGUGGCCAAAACUCUGGAUCCGAUGCACCUGAUGAGGGCGCAUCUGGUCUUGCAAGCUUGGUCAAGAGCGUGGUAAUUCUGGAAAACCAGAAAUUUUCUCCAGGUGUUUCCUCUGUUCCCUCUACUCCCGUCUCUUCUGGUCGUUCUGAGAGAAUCAGCAUCAGUGCGUCUGACGCUGAGGGAUACAGCGCUCAAUUUGUUAUUGACCCCUAUGUUCAACCUACUUCACUUAGAUCUGAAACUCGACCGGAACUUGCUCUUUUUUCUGCACAUAGCGCGUCGUCUUUGGCCAAACAAAUUGAGGACCACCGUUUGUAUGCUCAGGCUCAUCCAAAUGCUGCAGCGGACAUUGCUUACACUCGUGCCCUGCGGCGUGAGGCUCUGCAAUACAGAGCUUUUACCAUUCUCUCAAAGUCAUCCUUCACCAAUACCUCAACCUAUGUCAAGUCUUCUGCCCAAACUCCAGCUCUCACCAUGAUUUUCAGCGGUCAGGGUGCCCAAUGGGCGGGAAUGGGCAAAGAGCUUAUCCAGGCUGACCCAGAAUUCAAAGAUGAUGUUGAGAAGAUGGAUGCUGUUUUGAAGGGACUAAAGGUUCCAUCUACCUGGUCGAUUAAAGAUGAGCUCCUACGUGAUGCUGCUGAUCCAGAGAACCGGAUCAACUCAUCGCAACUCUCUUACCCUCUGAGCACGGCGCUGCAAAUCGCUAUUGUUAAUCGCUUCGAACGCCUUGGUGUUACGCCCAAGGUAGUCGUUGGCCACUCUAGUGGCGAAAUCGCUGCGGCCUAUGCUGCGGGCUUCCUCUCUUUGGAAGACGCAAUCACCAUCGCGUACUACUAUGGUUAUGUCACCACCAAGAGCCAGAAAGAUGGUGGCAUGGGUGUGGUCAGCUUGGGCGUGGAAGAAGUGACGGAGUUUUUGGAACAGAGCGUGGUGAUUGCUUGCGAAAACUCUCCUUCAAGUACCACUAUUUCUGGCGAUCGUGAAGCAGUUGAGCGAGUAUUGAAAUCGGUCAAGGCGGCUAAGCCUGAUGUAACUGCUCGCGUUUUGCGCAUUGAUGCUGCUUAUCAUUCCCCUCAUAUGGAUUCGCUUGCAGACGAUCUGCUUGGCCUUUUGAAGGCUGAGAACAUCGCUUCAUCGGAACCUAACAGGAGGAAGGCCAUCUUUGUGUCUAGUGUCAGUGAGAAGGUCCUUGAAGAGCAGAGUGAUUUUGCUGCCGCGUACUGGAUCUCCAACUUGGUGUCUCGAGUUCGAUUCAGCACUGCCAUUUCCACCCUCCUCGGCUUGUGUGCUGAGGAACCUCUCUUUCUGGAAAUUGGCCCGCACUCGGCCCUAUCUGUUCCUCUGUCACAGAUUUGUGCAGCUACAAAUGUCCCGUUCAACUAUGUUUCGUCCCAAACACGCGGCGCAGAUGGUGCAGUGAGCUUCCUUUCUGCCGUUGGACGGCUAUGGCAAGAAUCCGCUGUUAUAGAGCUGGCCCCGUUAUUCGCCCAUGGUAAAGCAAUUUCCGGAUUGCCUCCGUAUCCCUGGAGCCACGUCGGCCCUCAUGAUGGCUCCGAUGACGCCAGUCUAUCUGCUCGUGAGAAACGGGCACGCGUUAUUGCAGACUCUAGUUAUUUGGAGAGUGAGCUUGCAGACGACGAAGUCCCGACGACCGAGCUGGAAAUCGUCCUUCGAGCCAUCUGGGCUGAUAUCCUCCAAAACGUAACUCGGAUACGCAGACAAGAUAUCGGCAAGAAACAUAGCUUCUUCCUGCUUGGUGGCGACUCCUUGACAACUAUUGAGCUUGUAACCGCUGCUUACAAUCAUGGUAUUCGUCUGAGUCCGGCUGCUAUUUCCGAUAAUGCCGAGCUUGCUCAAAUGGCGGCUGUGGCAACUAUCGAGGAAGAUGGCGCAAUGAUGGUCGAGGUAGAACCAUUUAGCUUGAUUACCGAAGAGAAUGUUGAUGAUAUCAAAGAUCAAAUUCGGAAAGAGUGCAAGCUUACUACAACCGAGGUAAUUGAGGAUGUCUAUCCGUGCACGACUCUCCAAGAAGGCUUCAUGGCGUUGGGUAUGAAGCAGCCAGGUUCUUAUAUUCACAGAGUUGUGUAUAAGCUUAAUCCUGACGUCGACAUGGAUCGAUUUAUGGCCUCUUGGGAGGGUACCAUUAACCAAUGCGGCAGCUUGCGUUCACGAGUGGUUAUUCUUGGUGGUCGAGCCCUCCAAGCUGUGAUGAUUGAGGAUACUGCUUGGGAGCAUCUCCCAUCUGGUUUGGAUAUUCACACUUUCCUCAGACGAACGCGAAGUAUUAGUAUGAGCUAUGGUGAGCGUUUGAGUAGGCAUGCUUUGUUUCGAGAUAGCAAUGGUAGUGUCUAUUUCGUGUGGUUAAUUCACCACGCGGUAUUUGACGGUCUUACCAUGCGAAUCGUUCUUGAUGCUCUCUAUCAUGCUUACCAUGGCAAUGACACAAAGGCCCUACGGCCAUAUUCCAGCUUCAUUCGAUAUGUUGAAUCACUUGAUUCUGCUGCCUCUGGCAAAUACUGGCAAAAGGAGCUUGAUGGUGCUCAGCGAGCUCAUUUCCCUGUUGCGAGGCUUUCUGCUACUUCUGAGGACAAGGUCAUGAAGAAGACGAUACCUUUCCGCAACACAAAGGACUCUUCUAUAACUACCGCCACAAUUCUUCGCGCAGCAUGGGCUCUUCUCCUUGCCAGCUACUGUGGCUCUGAUGAUGUGUGCUUCGGUACCACAUUGUCAGGCCGUCAGGCAGCAGUUCCCGGAUUGAAUGAGAUACCUGGACCCAUGAUUGCCACUGUUCCCAUUCGCAUCAGAAUUGACCGCACUAUGAGUAUAGCCUCUUUUCUUGCAAAGGUUCAGGCUCAGGCUGCAGAAAUGGUUGCUCAUGAACAGUAUGGUCUUCAGAACAUCUCAAAACUGGGCCAGGAUGCCCAGGAAGCUUGCGACUUCUCCAACCUGAUCGUCAUUCAGCCAAAUAAUUAUCUUGCGUCCAUCGCUGAUACUGCCUCUGAUGCUAUCCUGCAACAAGGUCCCGUUGAAAAAGCUCUCUCAGAAGAGGCUAUGCGCAAUUACUUUAACUAUCCCCUCGUUUUGCAGCCUCGUAUUGGCGAGGAUAGCAUUGAGCUAGAUUUGACUUAUUAUGCGGAUGCCAUCGCUGAGGGCCAGCUUGACGCUCUCUGCUUCCACUAUGAGCACAUUAUCCAGCAACUGCUUACAGCCACUGAGAUGCCUCUCAGUACUCUAUCGGUUUCCGGCUCAUGGGAUUUAGAGCAGUCUCUUAAAGCCAAUAGAGAGGGUCCUAUGACUGUCGACUUGUGUCUUCAUGAUCUCAUUGAGAGACAAGCAGAAAAUCGCCCAAACGCUACCGCUAUUCAAGCCUGGGACUUGGAGCUAACGUACCUACAACUUAAUAGCGCCGCCAACCGCCUCGCGCAUUAUCUUGUUAAAUCUUGUGGGGUCAAGGAUCAGGAUCUCGUACACGUCUGCUUUGAGAAAUCGGCCUGGUUUUUCGUGUCUAUUAUUGCUGUCAAUAAAGCAGGGGCUGCAUGGGUUCCUCUUGAUCCAUCGCACCCACUUCAGAGACAGCAACAGGUUGUCUCUCAGACGAAAGCGACUCUGGCCUUGGCUUCUGCCAGCAAUGCAGAUAUGUGCUCUAAGUUGGUUGCUACUGUCGUCGAGGUGUCACAUGCUUUGGAUCAGAAGCUGGCUGAGACGGAGGCGAGCUCAUAUGGACCGAUCAGCAAUGUGUCUCCACGCAAUGCAGCCUAUGUUCUGUUCACAUCUGGAAGUACCGGAACGCCAAAGGGUCUAGUAAUGCAACACGGAGCUGUCUGCACUUCGCAGACUGCCAUCGCUAAGCGCCUUGGGAUGACAUCUAACGUCAGAAUGCUUCAGUUUGCUUCUUUCGUUUUUGAUCUCUCCAUUGGUGAGAUUGUGGGUCCUUGGGUUGCGGGUGGCUGCCUCUAUGUUCCAUCUGAGGAAACAAGGAUGAAUACGGGUAGCUUGGUUGACUUCGUUAACACGAUGAAAAUCACCUGGGCAUAUCUAACCCCGUCCUUUACACGAACCUUGAAGCCCGAUGAUAUUCCUGGUUUGGAACUGCUCUUGUUUGCUGGCGAGGCUGUUGGACGAGAUGUUUUUGAAGCUUGGUUUGGGAAGGUUCGGCUAAUCAAUGGUUGGGGCCCUGCUGAGACUUGCGUGUUCUCAACCCUCCAUGAGUGGAAGAGCCUCGACGAAUCCCCAUUAACAAUUGGUCGACCAGUCGGUGGUCACUGUUGGAUUGUCAAUCCGCAGAACCCGUGGCGAUUGGCUCCCGUCGGAACCCUUGGCGAAGUUGUUAUUCAGGGACCGACUAUCCUUCGAGAGUAUCUGGCCGAUUCCGCCAAAACUGAGGCUUCAAUAAUCCGGAACCUCCCUGAGUGGGUGCCAAAUCGAACUGCCAAUCACUGGGAUCGAUUUUAUAAGUCAGGCGAUCUGUGUCGCUAUAACGCGGACGGUACUAUCGAGUUUGGAUCUCGCAAGGAUAGCCAGGUGAAGAUUCGAGGGCUCCGUGUUGAGCUUGGAGAGAUCGAGCAUCACUUCCGUGAGUCCUUGGAGGGCGUUAAGCAAGUGGUUGUUGACGUGGUAAAUGGAGAUGGUGGCGCAGUUAUUGUGUCCUACUUCUGCUUCACAGAUGAAACUCGUACUGCUGGCAAGAACUCCGAGACGAGCGUGAAAGAUGUAAUGGCCCCAAUGACCACUGAGCUUCAAAGCCAACUUACCGCCCUAGUUGGUCAGCUCAGUGUGACGCUUCCUCGCUACAUGAUCCCGACACUGUUUAUCCCUUGCCAGUAUAUGCCCUUCAUCACCUCGACGAAGUUGGAUAUGAAGCUUUUGCGACUUGCGUUUUCUAAUCUUGGCAAGGAAGAAAUCGCGAGAUGCUCCCUUGUGGAUAGUAAGAAGCGCAAGCCAGAAACCGAGAUGGAGACUCGUAUCCAAGCAAUCUGGGCUGACCUGCUUAAUCUGUCCAUCGACUCUAUUGGUCGAGACGAUAGCUUCUUGAGAAUGGGCGGUGACUCGAUCGCCGCUAUUUAUUUUGUCUCAGCUGCCCGAGAUGUUGGAAUUUCCAUUGCUGUCAAGGACGUCUUUGAUGACCCUCGUCUCUUCCAGGUAGCUUCUAAAGCUACUAUUCUUGGCAAAACAGGUCAAUCUUCUCAUAUCAAGCCUUUUAGCCUCCUCUCGGACAAUCUGAGCAAACUUAUGCAAAGUGAUGCUAUCCGAACCAAGUAUGGCCUUGGGAAAGACCAAACUGUCGAGGACGCUUAUCCUUGCACGCCGCUUCAAGAAGGUCUUAUGGCUCUCACUGCAAAACAACCGGGCUCUUACAUAUCCCAGUGGUACCACCGAAUCCCCAAAAAUAUCGAUAUUGCCAAGUUUAAGGCUGCUUGGAAAGCAGCUGUGGAUCGCAACGCCACCUUAAGAACCCGAGUUAUGCUUGAGGACGGCUGCGUAGUGCAAGCUGUCAUCACAGGCGACGACGACUGGGAGAAUACCGCCGGACAUAAUCUUGAGUCUUACAAACGUUUGAUUCCUGAAUUUUAUAUAGGAUAUGGAACUCGCUUAACUCGAUUUGCUAUUGUAGAGGACGAGCAUGAUACCUACUUUGUCUGGGUCAUUCACCAUGCUAUUAAUGAUGGUUGGAGCAUGCGUAUCGUCUUGGACAGCAUUUACAACACUUACUACGGACGAAAAGUUGCCUCUAUAUCUCCUUAUUCCAACUUUAUCAACUAUCUUAGCAAGAUCGAUAGCGAGGCGGCCGCCAGCUUCUGGCGAUCGAACCUUUCUGGUGCUCAACGACCUAGUUACCCUGCCGCUGGAAAGCUCCUUGCUGUCGAUAAGUCUGAUGGUGCGGUUCGUGUUCUUGAUCGUUUAGUAUCAUUUUCUGAUCAAAAAGAUGCUUCAAUCACCAUGGCUACUAUUAUUCGAGCUGCCUGGGCAAUUGUCCUCGGUCGUCAUAGCGAUGCUCGUGAUGUAUGCUAUGGCGCCACUGUUUCUGGUCGCCAGGCUGCACUAGAUGGACUUUUGUCAACCCCUGGCGCUGUUAUUGCCACCAUUCCAAUUCGAGUUCACCUGGAGACUGCAAAGCCUGUGAGCCAAAUGCUACAGGAUCUCCAAGCUCACGCCCUGGAUAUGGUUCCGUAUGAACAGUAUGGCCUGCAAAAUAUCUCCAAGCUCAGCCCUGAAGCUCGAGAGGCUUGUGAUUUUACAUCGCUACUAGUUAUCCAGCCCAAAGAGCAAGAAAGUACCAUAUUCAAUAGCAAGGAUGGUCUGCUGCAGGCAGAGGCCGAAGAAGAUCAUCUGAUGAUUGAGUCCAUGAACAACUACUUCAAUUACCCGUUGGUUAUGCUCAGUUACAUGGCUGAGGAGAAUGUGAACCAGAGAUUUUUGUAUGACCCAGAAAUCUUGUCUGAAGCUGAAGUUGAAGCCGUUUCUUAUCACUUCGAGCAUGUCGUGCAGCAGCUUUUGAAUCCUGGCAACAAACUCAUCGGUGAUGUCUCUGUUGCUGGCCCUUGGGACCUUGAGCAGAGUCUAAAAGCAAAUGACGACAUUCCUGAAAUUAUUGAUUCUUGCUUUCACGAAUUGGUCGACAAACAGGCUGUUGAACGACCAAACUCUCCUGCUGUUGUAGGCUGGGACCAAAGUUUUACCUAUAUUGAACUACUUGAAGCGGUCAAUCGAUUGUCCAACUACCUCGCCACGAAUUUUACUUUUAAACCUGAUGAGUUGAUACCUGUUUGUUUGGAAAAGUCGUCCUGGUAUAUCGUCUCAAUCCUAGCAAUCAACAAAAUUGGGGCCGGUUGGGUUCCCCUCGACCCAUCCUAUCCUGAGCAACGUUUACGCCAGAUUGUUAGUCAGACUCGAGCAAAAAUUAUACUAUGUUCCCCAUCUAACGCCCAUAUUUGCAACGCAUUUGGACUGUCUCUUAUUGUGAUUAGCCCUUUCUUCUACCAGAAGCUUACUGAGAGCGGUGUGGCCGGUACUACCGGGCCUGCCAUCAAAGUGACGCCUCGAAAUAUUUGCUACGUCCUCUUUACCUCGGGUUCUACAGGUACCCCCAAGGGAUUUGUGAUGGAGCAUGGGGCAUUUGCAGCCUUUGUUUUCGACCUUUCCGUCGGUGAAAUCGUGGCAACAUUGAUCUCAGGCGGCUCUGUACACAUUCCGGACGAAAACACACGAUUGAAUGAUCUAUCAAACUUCAUCCAGAGUAACAAAAUAAACUCGACAAUCCUUACGCCAUCGUUCGCUCGUACUCUGAAGCCAGAGGAGGUCCCUUCCUUGGAGCUCAUGGUUUUAGCAGGCGAGGCUGUCGGUCGCGAUGUCUGUGACAGCUGGUUUGGAAAGCUUAGAUUCGUCUGCGGCUGGGGUCCUGCAGAGACCUGCGUUUUAUCGUCACUUCAUGAGUGGUGGUCCAUUAACGAGAGCCCCCGUACUAUCGGUCGGCCUGUUGGCUGCUUUUGCUGGAUUGCAGACCCAGAAAAUCCUCAAAGGUUGGCUCCUACGGGUACCGUCGGUGAGAUCAUGAUCCAAGGGCCGACUCUGUUGCGUGAAUACCUUGCAGACCCUGAGAAGACCAGAUCGUCGAUGGUAUAUGACCUACCAGCGUGGGUUCCACGCCGCGAGUCCCAGUAUUGGAACAGAUUUUACAAGUCCGGUGAUUUAGGUUAUUACAAUCCAGACGGCACACUUGAAUUUUUGACUCGCAAAGAUACACAAAUAAAGAUUCGUGGUCUCCGUGUUGAAUUAGGCGAAAUUGAAUACUAUCUGCAGCAAGCUAUUGAUGAAAUUCGUCAAGUCGCAGUCGACGUACUUAGCGGUGAUAAUGGCUCUAAUCUUAUUGCCUACUUCUGCUUUAAUGAAGACACCAAGACAGCUGAUGCUCGUAUUCAAGCUGACGACAAGGGCCCGUUCAUGUCGAUUGAUGAAGACCUUCAGACUCGCCUCAUUGCCGCAUCUGGCGAACUGAGAGUUGUUCUCCCGUCUUACAUGGUCCCAACCUUUUUCGUUCCUUGCAGCUACAUGCCAUCCAGCACCUCCGCCAAGCUUGACCGCAAGGCGCUGAAAAGAUAUGCCGAUAUAUUAUCUGUCGAUGAAUUAUCAAAAUAUUCACUCAAUAGUGGCAGAAAGAGAGCGCCCGAGACUCCAACGGAAAGCCAGUUGCAACAAAUUUGGGCUGAAAUUCUCAGCAUUUCCAUGGAAUCAAUUGGACGCGACGAUAGUUUCCUUAGCCUCGGCGGUGAUUCUGUUACAGCUAUUCAUUUGGUAAACGCUAUGCGAGGUGACGGUUUAUUACUGACUGUGAAGGAUAUCUUUGAUGACCCCCGCUUGCUUUCUGUGGCCAGCAAAAUUCAAGAGAUGAACGAGACGGCUGAUAUUCAGGAGAUUGAGCGAUUCAGCCUUUUAGAUGAAGAUGUCCAAGAACUCGUUGUCUCUGACGGCCUUCGGAAAGAGCUUAAACUUUCCGACAUGCAGGAAAUUGAGGACGCUUACCCUUGCAGUAGACUCCAAGAAGGUCUCAUGGCUUUGUCUGUGAAACAGCCUGGAUCAUACGUCGCCAAGUACACUUAUCGUCUUCCAAAUCAUGUCGAUCUCCAGGAGUUCAAGCGAGCGUGGGAAUUCACUUCAUCUGCUAUUGAAGCUCUCCGCACUCGUUUUGUCAUGAUUAAUGGCUCUUGCAUCCAAGCUGUAAUCAACGAAGAGCUUCCCUGGGAGACUGCCAAGGUUGAUGACAUUCACACGGCUAUCGUAUCCGCUCAAUCGUUCCGAAUGACCUAUGGUACGCCUCUGUCUCGUUAUAUGAUGCUUGAAGACCAAAAUGGGAGCAAUUAUUUCAUGUGGGCUAUACAUCAUUCGGUUCACGAUGGUUGGUCGCUGAGGAUUAUUCUGGAGACCUUACGGCGAGAGUACGAGGGUAGAAGUUCGCCGGCUAUUGCGCCCUACAACGGUUUCAUUAAUUAUACCCUUACGCUGGACUCUGAGGCGGCCGCUGAUUACUGGAGAGGCCAGCUUGAGAACGCAAAACGGGCGAGCUUCCCAGCUGCUGGUGCUACUUCCGGCGAGUCGAAGCACAAAACACGCAUGAUGUCAAAGUUCAUUCCCUUUCCUACCUCUACAAACCCAGCCAUCACUAAAGCGACGGUUCUCCGGGCAGCUUGGGCACUGAUCCUUGCCCGCUAUUGUGAUACCGACGACGUGACUUUCGGUUCUACUGUUUCUGGGAGGCAGGUCGCGGUCCCCGGUCUGACCGAAAUGGCUGGUCCAGCUGUUGCUACCGUCCCCGUCCGCGUCCGUCUCAAUUACGAACAGCGUGUGUCAAAACUCCUUCAGGAUAUUCAAAGCCAAGCUUCUGAGAUGAUUGCUUUCGAACAGUAUGGCUUACAGAAUAUCUCAAGGUUGGGAGCUGAUGCUAAAGAUGCUUGUGACUUCACCUCCUUGAUGCUAGUACAGCCAAUGCAGCAUCUGAUUGGGGAGGAUAUCGACACCAUUUUAGAGCCUGUGUUAGAGCAAGAUGAUCAAGAAGAUCAAGUGCAGAACUAUUUCUCUUAUCCUCUUGUCUUACAGGGGCAUAUUUACGACGACAAGGUCAAACUUGUCUUGAUCUACGAUUCAUUCGUUCUUCCUGAAUCACAACUCCUGGCGUUGUCUCAUCAGUUUAAUGGUGUUGUGCAACAGCUUCUGAGCGCUGAGGAUUUCAGGCUGAGUGAUAUAUCCGUGGCUAGCUCUUGGGACCUUGAUCUCGCUGAGGCUUCCAACGGCGAUGGUCCCGAAAUCGUUGAUGACUGCGCUCAUCUUAUGAUCGAGCGGCAGACUGAGCUGACUCCUCAAGCCCGCGCUGUUCACGCCUGGGAUGGCACUCUCACUUAUAGUGAGCUUGACCGUGCUGCUAAUAGGCUUGCCAAUCUGUUAGUCAAGAGUCACGGCGUCACAGUCGGUGAUAUCGUCCACGUGUGUUUUGAGAAGUCUCUUUGGUACGUGGUUUCAGUGCUCGCAAUCAAUAAAGCCGGUGCUGCGUGGGUACCAAUGGAUCCGGCACAUCCGUUCCAUCGCCUUCAACAAGUCGCCAGCCAAACUGGUGCUAAGAUCGCACUCGCAUCUUCUAUUCACAAACCUCUAUGCUCCAAGCUACUAGACACCGUCAUCGAAGUGUCUUCCGCCUUGGAUGAACAACUAAAUAGUGAUCAAGAUAUCAACGAUAUUAAGCCUGCUGUUGCAGUUGCUUCUAGCGAUGUCGCCUAUUUGCUCUUUACAUCUGGCAGUACCGGCGUACCUAAGGGUAUUAUUAUGGAACACGGCUCCCUCUGUACUAGCCAGCGUGAUAUUGCAAAGAGGCUCAGUCUCAAAAGUAGUGUUAGAAUGCUUCAAUUCUCGUCCUUCGUUUUUGACGUUUCAGUGGGAGAAAUUAUGCUUUCUCUUAUGCACGGUGGAUGUGUUUGCAUUCCAUCCGACCAUGAUCGUCUAAAUAACCUGGCCAAGUUCAUAGGGGAUACUGAAGUUUCUUGGGCAUUCUUAACACCAUCCUUUGCUCGUACGCUCCGCCCUGCCGAUGUCCCGAGCCUCGAACUCAUUGUCCUUGCUGGCGAGCCUGUUAGUCAGGAUGUAUUUGACCUCUGGUUUGGCAAAACUAGGCUUGUAAACGGUUGGGGGCCUGCUGAAACUUGUGUCCUAAGCGCAAUUCACGAAUGGAAAUCUGCAGAUGAAUCGCCAUUGACAAUUGGGCGCUCUGUUGGUAGUUUUGCCUGGAUUGUUGACGCAGAGAAUCCCCAGCGCCUAGCUCCGGUUGGAUGCAUCGGAGAAAUCGUCAUGCAAGGACCUACGCUUCUUCGUGAAUACUUGGCUGAUCCAGCCAAGACUCUUGCAUCAACGCUCACCUCUUUGCCUAACUGGGCACCUCGCUUAAAUGAUAGGAUAUGGGGCCGUUUCUAUAAAACCGGGGAUUUAGGCAUCUAUAACCCUGAUGGAACUAUCCAUUACUCUGGUCGCAAAGAUACCCAGGUCAAGAUUCGCGGCCUCCGAGUCGAACUUGGAGAAAUUGAGCAUCAUAUUCGAAAGUUUGACGUAAUUCGACAGAUUGCUGUUGACGUGCUUCGGACAGAGACUGGUGCCAAUCUUGUUUCUUACAUCUGCUUUAGCAACAAGACGAAAACACCCGGACCAGACACCGACCCCGAAGGAGCUGAUAUAUUCCUUUCCAUGACCGAAGGUAUCCAAAACGAAUUAAACGUUGUCGUCAAUAAACUGAAUGUCUUGCUUCCCCGCUACAUGGUACCAACUUACUUCAUUCCAUGUGGCUAUAUGCCUCUUAUCUCAUCUGGGAAAUUAGACAGACUUAAGCUCCGCAAGAAUACAGCUGCGCUGGCUCAAGAAGAAUUAGAAGCUUAUUCGUUGACUGAUGCUAAUAAGCGCGCUCCUGACACAGCCAUGGAAAUCCGCUUGCAACAUGUGUGGGCUGAGAUUCUCAACAUUUCUGCUCAAACUAUUGGCAAAGAUGAUAGUUUUCUCCGUAUUGGUGGUGACUCGAUUGCCGCUAUCCGUCUGGUCUCUAUGGCUCGUGAGCUCGGCAUUACUCUCACUGUGGAUGCUAUAUUUGAAGACCCACGAUUGUCUUCUAUAGCCUCUACAGCUAGCGCAGCCGGCCAGGAUGAAGCCAUUUUGGGCUCUAUCCCUGCCUUUUCCCUCCUUGACGAUGGUACUCGAGACUUGGUCCAAUCUCCUAGCGUCUAUAAAGACUAUUGUCUCGAUGAAACUAAGGGAAUUGAGGAUGCGUAUCCUACGACAAAGCUGCAAGAAGGGUUCAUGGCUUUAUCUGCUAAGCAGCCGGGCUCGUAUAUCGCAAAAUUCCUGUAUCGCCUCCCCAGUCAUGUUGACGUCGCUCGUUUCAAGGAGGCUUGGAGGCGCACGGUGGAUGCCUGCACCAAUCUUCGUACCAGAAUUAUCCUUACUGAGGGCUCUAGUACGCAGAUAAUCAUUCCUGACGACUUUGAGUGGGAUUCUCUUGAAUCUCAAGACCUCUACUCCUAUCUCCAGCUGCAUCAUGGCAUAGAAAUGAGCUACGGUUCCCGGCUCUGCCGUUAUGCUCUUGCAGCGCACACAGAUGGCAACAUGUAUUUCAUGUGGAGCAUUCACCAUGCCAUCUUUGACGGUUUGUCUGCCCAAAACGUCUUGAGGAUCCUUGAGAAGGCCUACAAGGGUAUCGAGUCACUUGAGGUUCCGACAUAUGCCCGAUUCAUCAAGUAUACUCUUGAUCUUGAUACAGAAACCGCCGCUUCAUACUGGAAAGAGCAAUUGCAGGGCUCUCGCAAAGCUAAUUUCCCGGCGGCCAGUGGAGUUGCUUAUGAGUCCAGCACCACAAAACUUCUUAAAAGAUUGAUCAAAUUACCCACUAUCACUUCAUCAGAAAUCACCGUCGCUACUAUUGUGCGAUCUGCUUGGGCCAUAGUCAUCGCUCGGUAUAGUGAUACUGACGAUGUUACUUUUGGUACAUCUACCUCCGGUCGUCAGGCCCCGGUACCUGAACUGAUGGAUAUGGUCGGUCCGGCUGUUGCGACUGUCCCUAUAAGGGUUCGGGUAGACCGAGCACAGACAGCGUUUGGUUUCCUCCGAGCUGUUCAAAAGCAAGCAUUAGAAAUGGUUCCUUUCGAGCAAUUUGGUCUGCAGAAUAUUGCCAAGGUUAGCGAAGAUGCCAAAGACGCGUGCGACUUUACAUCUUUGUUAGUAAUCCAGCCAAUGCAGUAUAUUUCAGACUCUAACGGCAGCAAAUCUGUCUUAGUACGCGCAGAUAGAGAACUGAAGGAAAAGGCCGAGUCCUUACAAAACUACUUCUCCUACCCCCUGAUUGCUCAAGCUCAUCUGUAUGAAGACCGCAUUGAUCUUGUUUUCAUAUACGACUCAAUUAUCCUCGCUGAAGGACAGCUUGAGGCUCUUUCCCAACAGUUCGGCCAUGUUAUGAGUCAACUUGCAGCUGCCACUAGCGAGAAUACUCUUGGGUCAAUAUCUAUUUCCUCUUCUUGGGACUUGGAUCGGUCUAUCUCAUUUAACAGCGAGAUCCCUGAAGUUGUUAAUGCAUGCCUGCAUGAGCUUAUUGAACGCCAGGCCGAACGUCGGCCCGAUGCUGUCGCCAUCUCUGCGUGGGAUGCUGAGUUUACAUAUAACCAGCUUAACUGUGCUGCUAACCGACUGGCUAAUUAUAUCAUCAAAUCUCAUGGAAUACAGCCAGAUGAAAUUGUUCAUGUGUGCUUUGAGAAGUCGAUUUGGCACUUUGUUGCUAUUCUAGCUAUCAACAAGGCAGGAGCAGCAUGGGCGCCUCUUGAUCCAUCCCAUCCAGAACAACGCCUCCGUCAGAUAGUUGAUCAAACCAGAGCCAAUCUAAUUCUGACUUCUCCAGGCAACUAUGAUCUUUGCUCGGCUUUGGUUGGGAACGUGCUAUCAGUUACGCCAAACUUAGACUGGGAGCUGGCUACGACGGCUGAUUCUGAAGCUCCAGAUGUUGUUGUAACGCCUGACAACGCUGCUUAUAUUUUAUUCACGUCUGGUUCAACCGGCACACCUAAAGGCGUCGUUAUGGAGCAUAGGUCUCUCUGUACCUCAGAGACAGCUUCCGCUAAACGAAUAGGUCUUACAUCCAGCGUUCGAAUGCUCCAAUUUGCCUCAUUCGUGUUUGACAUGUCAAUUGGAGAAGCUAUUCCAACAUUAAUCAGCGGCGGCUGCAUUUAUAUACCAUCCGAAGAUAUACGAAUGAACAAUAUCACUCAAUAUAUACGGAACCAACGAAUUAAUUGGGCAUUUUUUACACCUUCCUUUCUCCGCACCUUGGCGCCUAAGGAUGUUCCUAACCUAGAAGUACUUCUCAUUGGCGGUGAAGCUAUUCCCAAGGAAAUCCUAAAUACUUGGUUUGGUAAAGUACGCCUUAUUAGUGGUUGGGGGCCAGCUGAGACCUGUGUUGCCAGCACCUGGCAUGAGUGGAAGUCAGUUGAUGAAAGUCCUCUCACUAUAGGCAGACCUGUUGGAGGAUUCUGCUGGAUCGUCGACCCGGAAGACCCCUAUAAGUUAGCACCUGUGGGCACAUUGGGUGAGGUCGUUAUUCAAGGCCCAAUUCUGCUUCGCGAAUAUUUGGCCGAUCCAGAGCGUACUGCAGCUUCCUCUAUCGAGGCUCCUCGGUGGGCACCCCAGCCUGAUUGUCAACAUUGGGGCCGCUUUUACAAAUCUGGUGAUUUAUGUUCGUAUAACCCGGAUGGAACCCUUCGAUUUUUCUCCAGAAAGGAUACCCAAAUCAAGAUUCGAGGCCUUCGUGUCGAGCUGGGUGAAGUGGAAUACCACAUCCAAGCCACAUUACGAGACGUCCGCCAGAUUGCUGUCGAUGUGUAUAAUGACGAGCGUGGUACCAAUCUCGUGGCUUAUAUCUGCUUCACCGACGAGAUUCGUGUUGCUGGUGUCAACUGUGAGACCAGCAGCCCGUUCUUCUCAAUUGACCAAAAUCUCCAGAGCCGACUGAGUGCUUUGGUCGGUGAACUUGGCGUGACACUACCACGAUAUAUGAUUCCUGCUCUUUACAUCCCAUGCAGCUUCAUGCCGUCAAUUACUUCCACUAAACUAGAUCGCAAAGAAUUACGUCGCCAAACAACUAUCCUUACGCGCGAACAACUGUCAGGAUACUCUUUGCAAAGUGGAAGUAAGAGAGCUCCAGAAACUGAUAUGGAACGCAAGCUUCAGCAGAUUUGGUCUAAAGUCCUUGAUAUCUCGCCGGAUUCGAUUAGUCGUGAUGACAGCUUCCUCGGUCUUGGUGGCGACUCAAUAAAGGUAAUUCAGCUUGUUGGUGCUUCUCGUGCUGAGGGCAUUUCUCUAUCAGUCAAGGAUAUCUUCAACGACCCUCGGCUGAUUUCAGUCGCAAAAAUUGCCGGCUUACUAAAUUCUGUUGACGAUCUCACCAUUGAGCCAUUCAGCUUAUUGGACGACGAGCAGGGCCGUCUUUCAAUUAGUGAAAGCACGAGAGACGAAUGCAAUCUUGGGCCUGAAGCGAUUAUUGAAGACGCUUAUCCUUGUACAAAAUUUCAAGAAGGUCUCAUGGCUUUGUCUGUCAAGUCCCCUGGCUCUCAUGUUGCCAAGCACGUUUAUCGACUGGCGGAUAAUACCGAUAUAUCGAAGUUUAAAUCUAGUUGGGGUCAAACCGUUUCUCUCUGCCCUACGCUACGGACACGGAUUGUGCUCUUGGAUGACCAAUGUAUUCAGCUCGUAAUCAAGGAAGAUACGAAGAUCGAGAUGUCUGCCGCUUCUGAAAUCGAUGUUGCUGUGGUCGAAGCUGGCAACGUGCAAAUGACAUAUGGUUGCUCUUUGUCUCGGUAUACAAUAUUCCAAGGAGCAGAUGGGACCUACUUUAUUUGGACUGUACAUCACGCUGUUCACGAUGGAUGGACUAUUCGUCUUGUACUUGAGACACUCCAAAACUGCUAUCAGAGUUCAAACAAUGGCUCACUGAAACCAUAUUCAAAUUUCAUCAAAUAUGCAACUGAUGUGGUCCAAGAUCCGGCCACCAAGAAAUACUGGUCUCAGCAGCUAGAUGGCGCAGUACAGGCCUCAUACCCGCCUCGCCCCAGAUCUGAAGCGCAACACAAGGCGGUCACUAGCAUGAUGACAAAAUCUAUUCAAAUUCCCAGCCUUACACAGUCAUCAGUCACUGUGGCGACUAUUCUGCGGGCCACUUGGGCUAUCAUGCUUGCCCGUUACUCUGAUACUGAUGAUAUCUGUUUUGGCACUUCAGUGUCUGGUCGUCAAGCAUCAGUUGCGAACAUCCUCAAUAUGCCUGGCCCUAUUGUUGCUACUAUUCCGGUGCGCAUAAAACUAGAUGACGAGCAGACAGUGCUUGAAUUCCUAGAGAGUAUUCAGUCGCAAGCCACACAGAUGAUCCCACAUGAGCAAUAUGGCCUACAAAACAUCGCAAAGAUUUCCCCCGAUGUCAAAGACGCUAUCGACUUCUCAUCUCUUCUAGUCAUCCAGCCAAGAUCUCAUUUAGACUUAGGUAAUGGAGAUGGCGAUAAUGACAACAUUCUUAUUCCGGCCAUAGAGAGCGAUGAAGCCGAGGCAGGCCUUUUGCAGGAUUACUUCACAUACCCAUUAAUCAUCCAGGGCCACCUAUUUGGCGAUCGGAUCGACUUGGUAUUUACCUACGAUAGCACUAUAUUAUCCAAACAUGAUCUUGGUCGACUAGCAGGUCAAUUCGAGCAUAUAGCUCAGCAGCUCUUUGAUACCGAUCACACCAAGCUUGGAGACCUCUCCUUGGCCGGCCCACAAGACAUCCAGCAGGCCGUUGCGUGGAAUACGGAAAACCCUGAGAUCAUCGAAGACUGUAUCCAUAAAUUAAUCGAACGAAAUGCGGUUUCCACUCCGGACGCAAUUGCUAUCGACGCAUGGGAUGGAGUGUUGACAUACGCCCAACUAGACCAGAUGGCUAAUCGUUUAGCUCACUACCUUAUCAAGACUUUCGAUAUAAAGACCGAUGACUUUAUCCUUUGCUGCUUCGAAAAGUCUUUAUGGUAUGUUGUCUCAGUUCUUGCAGUCAAUAAGGCUGGUGCCGCUUGGGUCCCACUUGAUCCCUCGCAUCCUACGCAGAGAUUACAACAGGUGGCAAGACAGACUAAAGCAAAUCUGCUCCUUGCUUCGUCCUUGCACCUCAAGCUGGGUAAUGAGUUAUCGAACACUGUUCUUGAAAUCGGUCAGGCCUUGGACGAUGCUCUCAUAGAUACAGAGCCCAGUACUCAGGCUCCGGACAUAACGGUUUCUCCCCGCAACACCGCGUAUGUCCUGUUCACUUCUGGCAGUACUGGAACACCGAAAGGACUAGUGAUGGAGCACGGAGCCCUCUGUACCAGCCAAACCGCUAUUACUGCUCGUAUUGGCCUUCACAGCGGCGUCAGGUUGCUGCAGUUUGGCGCUCAUGUUUUUGAUCUUUCUGUUGGUGAGAUCUGUUGUUCAUUGAUCCGCGGCGCCUGUCUUGUCAUCCCGUCCGAUGAGAUUCGCAUGAAUAGCCUUGCAAAGUUUAUACGUGAGAAGAACAUCAACUGGGCAAUCUUCACACCCUCUUUCAUCCGGACUAUCGAACCCACUGACGUUCCAAAUUUGGAAUUGGUCAUCCUCUGUGGUGAAGCUUCCGAUAAGACGAUAUUAGAGAAGUGGGUUGGCAAGGUUAAAUUGUUCAAUGGAUGGGGCCCGGCCGAAACCUGUGUUUAUAGUAGUUUACAUGAGUGGAAGUCGGCAGCCGAGAGCCCUCUCACGAUUGGCAAGCCUGUUGCCUCUUUCAUCUGGAUUGUUGAUCCCAAGCAUCCCCAUCGGCUUGCUCCGGUGGGCACCAUUGGAGAGGCUAUCAUACAGGGCCCUACUAUAUUACGUGAGUAUCUCGAUGAUCCUAAAAGAACGCAGGCCAGCAUCCUUGAAUCAAUUCCAAACUGGGCUCCAUCCCGUCAGCCGCAACAACUGUGGAAUCGGGUUUACUUCACUGGUGAUCAUUGUAGUUACAACCCUGACGGCACCAUUGAGUACCAUGGACGGAAGGAUACACAAAUCAAGAUCCGAGGGCUUCGAGUAGAACUUGGAGAAGUUGAGCAUCAAAUUCGCAAUCUCUCGAAGAAUCUGGUUCACGUUGCCGUGGAUGUUCACAAAUUUGAAGCAGGGUCAAUGUUAGUUGCAUACCUUGGAUAUUCCGAAAAGGAUUUGGACGAUCCAGAUGCGAUAUUUAUGCCUCUCACCAAUGAUCUCCAAAGAGAUCUUGAUGCUAUGGCUAGCCAACUUGGCGUUUUGCUGCCCCGUUAUAUGGUGCCUACUUUGUUCAUCCCAUGCUCUCGGAUGCCUUUCUUAACAUCUGGCAAACUUGACAUGGGCCGACUCCGCAGACUUACUUCUGCAUUAAACCAAGAUCAGCUGCAUUCUUAUGCGUUAGAGAAUAACCAGAAAGAGGCUGCCGCAACUGAGAUAGAAAUCUGUCUUCGAGACAUUUGGGCCAGGGUUUUAGGUCUUACGCCUCACUCAAUCGGCCGCCACGACAGCUUCCUACGCAUUGGUGGAGAUUCGAUUGCUGCUAUUAAACUGGUAGCAGCUGCCGGAAAGUCUGGCAUCUCAUUCUCAGUCAAAGAUAUCUUUGAUGACUCACGGCUUUGGAAAUUGGCAGAUAUUGCAUCUUCUCGACUCAAAUCGGAUGUGACCAAUGUGACGGUCGCACCAUUUAGUCUGCUUAGUGAUACUCUAGAUCAGGCGGCCGUCACAGCCAUUCUACACGCACAAUAUGAUCUACCGAGCGAUACCGUGAUAGAAGACGCUUAUCCAUCAACCAAGCUUCAGGAAGGUCUUAUGGCAAUAUCUGCUCGACAGCCAGGCUCGUACGUCGCAAAGCAGGUUCACCGACUGGCCAAGAAUGUUGAUAUCAAUACCUUUAAAGCGGCCUGGGAGCGUACUAUUGAACUUUGUGGCAAUCUGAGAACUCGUCUCGUGGUUGUGGGAGAUUUGAGUAUACAGGUUGUGAUCAAAAAUGAGGAAGUUCAAUGGGAGAUUUCCAGUACGACUUUGGAGGCGUACCUGUCUCAAACGUUUAAUAUGGGAUACGGUGAUCCUUUGCUCCGUUACGCUAUCGUCUAUGAACCGUCAGGAGAAAGCUACUUCGUUUGGAGCAUUCACCAUGUCAUAUUUGAUGGUUGGACGCUGUCUAUACUUAUGAAAACGCUGGAGUCGAUUUAUCACGGCGUUGAAGCUCCCGUUUUCCGACCCUAUGCUGAAUUUGUGAAGCAUAUUAUGGACAUCGAUGAAGAAGCUGCUUCCAAUUAUUGGCGUGACCAACUUCAGGAUGCAAAGCGCGCCUCAUUCCCACCACUUUCGUCGUCUCCAUCAGCCCAGUCUGUUACUCGCGUUCUUGAGAAGCCUCUCAACUUUACUCAUUCAAGUACGUCCGGUAUUACCAAAGCAACUAUUUUGAGAGCCGCAUGGGCAGUUGUUCUAUCUAAAUACUCUGAUACCAAUGAUGUGACCUUUGGCGUCAACGUUUCUGGUCGCAAUACUGCCGUUGCUGGAAUUGAAACAAUGCCUGGAUUAGUGGUCGCUACUGUACCUGCUCAAUCAACCGACAUGAUUCCAUAUGAGCAGUUUGGUCUGCAAGAAAUCUCUAAGCUUUGUCCAGAAGCUAAGGAUGCUUGCGAUUUUUCAUCUCUCAUGGUUAUUCAGCCUAUGUCUAGCAUUGUCAGCAAUGCAACAUCCAUUCUUGUAUCCCCAGACAUGGACGAGGAUACUACAGAAGAGAGACUGCAAAAUUAUUUCUCUUAUCCUCUUGUUAUUCAAGCUCAUUUACAUGAUGAUGGUGCGGUCAACUUGUUGCUCAUAUACGAUGACAACGUUCUUGCGGAGAAUCAACUCCAGGCAUUGUCCACCCAAUUCGAUCAUGUGGUUCAGCAGUUGCUUACCCAAGAUGCCGAGGCGAGGCUGGAGAACAUAACUGUUGCCGGACCAUGGGAUCUACAGCAGGCCAUCAGUUAUAAUGUGAAAGAGCCCAUAAUGGUUAGUGCUUGUGUGCAUGAGCUUAUUACCCAACAAGCACUUAAAGAUCCCCAACAUGAGGCCAUCUACUCAAAUGAAGGCACAAUGACAUAUGCUACUUUAGAUCGUCUCUCGAACCUCCUGGCCCAUCACUUGCAUGAGCUUGGUGUGAGACCGGAAUCUGUUGUUCCAUUCUGUUUUGACAAGUCAUCGUGGGCGAUCGUCGCCAUGCUCGCCAUCCUAAAAGCUGGUGGUGCAUUCCUACCUCUUGACCCAUCACAUCCUCACAACCGCCGGGAAGCUCUAGUCCGAGAAGUUGGAGCCGAGAUCAUGAUCGUCUCACCUUCAUCAUCCGUCCCUUGUGAGAAUUUGACAUCUAGCAUGGUGGAGCUUACACCUCAAUUACUUGAAGAGCUUUCAUCGAUUUAUGAUGCUUUCCAAGAGAUUCAGCCCAAGGCUGAACCUAGCAAUGCAGCCUAUGUUCUAUUUACCUCCGGAUCUACUGGUAAACCAAAGGGUGUGUUGAUGGAGCACUCUGCGUUUGUCACUAGCACUUUGGGACACGGGCGCAUAUAUAAUCUCAAUCCGUCUUCUCGUGUCUUCCAAUUUUCCAACUACAUUUUUGAUGGAAGUUUGGGAGAGAUUUUUACCACUCUUUCAUUUGGUGGUACGGUUUGCGUGCCAUCUGAUGAUGAAAGACUCCAAAGAGCUCCUUCUUUCAUGCGAGAGGCCCGAGUAAAUACUGCUAUGUUAACACCUUCGUUCGUUCGGACCUUUACACCUGAACAAGUUCCGUCAUUACAGCUGCUCGUCCUUGGCGGCGAACCUUCUUCUAAAGAUCUCCUUGAGAUGUGGUGCGAUCGCCUUCGUCUGGUCAAUGGCUAUGGGCCAGCUGAAGCUUGUAAUUAUGCGACAACACACGAUUUCAAAGCUACUGACUCUCCUCGCAUAAUUGGACGCGGCUUCAACAGCGCUUGUUGGAUAGUUGAUCCGACCGACUACAAUAAGCUAACUCCCAUCGGUUGCAUUGGCGAGUUGGUUAUUCAAGGAAAUGCCCUUGCUCGCGGCUAUAUAAACGAUGCCGAACGCACUGCAGCUUCGUUCAUGACUCAUAUAGACUGUUUACCCAGAUCCACGAUCCCCGGCCGGCACAGGUUCUAUUUGACUGGUGACCUUGUUCGGUAUAACGUCAACGGGGAGAUGGAGUACCUUGGUAGAAAGGAUACACAAGUCAAGCUUCGCGGACAACGCCUUGAGCUCGGCGAAAUAGAGUAUCAUGUCAAGAGAUCAUUACCUAAUAUUGAACACGUGGCUGUUGAUGUGGUUCAUCGUGAGGUUGGCGAUGCCCUCAUUGGCUUCAUCUCGUUUAAGGAAAAGAUGGCAUCUUCUGGUAACAUCCUUUUACUCAACGAUGAUCUACGCCUAGCUUUGGCUACUAUUAUGGAGCAUUUGAAGAUGUCUCUUCCGGGCUAUAUGGUGCCCACCAGCAUCUUACCCGUGAAGAGAAUGCCAUUCAUCACCUCGAUGAAAAUUGACCGGAAGAAGUUAAUUGCCACUGCCGCCGCUUUAUCAUUGGAAGAACUUACCGCUUUCUCCAUGGUCAAGCGUGACUACAUCGCCCCUGGCACUCCCAUGGAGAAGAAGUUGGCAGGGCUGUGGGCUCAGGUCCUCAAAAUCGAUCCCCGGGAUAUUGGCAAGAAUGACAGCUUCCUUCAAAUUGGCGGUGAUUCAAUUACUUCGAUUCAUCUAGUCGCACUUGCACAACAGUCUGGUGUUAGUUUAACAGUGGCUAGCAUAUUUGCUAAUUCUAAGCUAUCCUCAUUGGCUUUAACAGCUGUGGAGGAUAUAUCACAGUCAGUCCAUGAUGUGGUACCAUUCUCAAUGGUACCUACGAUGGACCUGGAUUCAGUACUAGAAGACGUUCGUGCCAAGUGUGGAUUAUCCGGCACAGCCGUUAUUGAAGAUAUCUACCCUGUGACAACAUUCCAAGAAGGACUUAUGGCUUUAACUAUUAAGCAAUCGGGUUCUCACGUGGCCAAAAAUGUCUAUCGGCUCUCUGAGAAUACUGAUAUCGCACGCUUUAAACACGCGUGGGAGGUCACUAUGGAACUAUGCAGCAACCUACGCACUAGGAUCGUGCUCUCAGGCGACACUACUAUUCAAGUCAUCUUGAAAGACGUAUCUCCUUGGGAAGAUACGAUGAAUAUGACCCUCCAGUCAUAUCUCCAGGGUAAUCAGAGUCCUCACAUGGGCUAUGGUUCUGCAUUGAGUCAUCACGCCCUCAUCCAGCAAGCCGAUGGAAGUAGCUAUUUUGUGUGGUCUAUCCACCAUGCUGUUUUUGAUGGCUGGACUACUCGCUUGGUCUUAAACACCCUAUUUUCUGCGUAUAUGGGCAAUCACCUUGCCCCCUUUACCUCUUAUGCUCGUUUCAUCAGCUAUACUAUUGACCUUAAUGCUGAUGCUGCCAAGGCCUUCUGGACUGAGCAGUUGUUGGAUGCGAAGCGGGCGCCAUUCCCUGCAGCCCUUGCCCGCCAUAAGCAGUCUAAAACACGAGUACUUGAGAAAGCUAUUGAGCUGCCGCAAUUUCAACAGACCACGAUCACCAUGGCCUCUAUUUUGCGUGCUACAUGGUCCAUUAUCCUCGCACAACAUUGUGAUACCGAUGAUGUUACCUUUGGAACUGCAAUUUCUGGUAGACAGGCUCCGGUUCCUGGCAUAACCGAAAUGGUUGGCCCAGUUGUUGCCACUGUUCCGGUACGCGUUCGACUGAAUAAGCUUAUAUCUAUUCCAGAAUUUCUUCAGGGUAUUCAAAACCAAGCUUCUGAAAUGAUUCCAUUUGAACAAUUCGGUCUGCAGAAUAUUGCAAAAUUAAAUAUUGAAGCUAAAGAAGCUUGUGAUUUUGCAUCGCUUUUGGUCAUCCAGCCGAUGAAGAAGCUGCUUGAUACUGGCAAUAAUAAGGCCAUCUUAGAACACAUGAGUGCGACGACUAAAGAUUUGGAAGAGUAUAUGAAAAACUACUUCUCCUACCCUCUUGUUGUGCAGAGCCAUGUAUACGAAGACUCAGUAAACUUGGUCCUUAUUUACGACGCGGAUAUUUUAUCUGAGCAACAAUUGCUCGCUUUGGCCCAUCAAUUUGAGCAUGUUGCACAGCAGCUUGUUAUAGCGGACAACAGCAAUAGGACUCUUGGGGACUUGUCUGUGUCAGGUCCAUGGGAUGUUGAGUAUGCUAUACGUCAGAACAACGAAGUACCUGAGCUUAUUGAAUCUUGCUUGCAUACUCUCGUUGAGCAACAGAAAAUCAUUCGACCGGAGUCUCUCGCUGUUCGCAGUUGGAAUGGAAAUUUUACAUAUAGUCAGCUCGACCAAGCUGCCAACAGAUUGGCAAACCACCUUGUGGCAGAGUAUGAGAUCAAGAAUGACGAGCUUAUUCACGUUUGUUUCGAGAAGUCAUGCUGGUUUGUGGUUGCGAUUUUGGCCAUUAAUAAAGCCGGCGGUGCUUGGGUUCCGUUAGACGCUUCCCACCCUACUCAGCGUCACCAACAGGUUGUUGGUCAAACCAAAGCUCGGCUUGCUCUGGUCUCGCCUUCAAACAUUUCGACGUGCGUUGACCUUGUAGAGCAUGUGGUAGAAGUUUCGUCUACUACGGAUGAGAUUUUGAACAAGACUGAGCUCUCUGAUCGGGGCCCUGAUUGCGAAAUUUCUCCCUCCAAUGCCGCAUACGUGCUUUUUACUUCCGGAUCCACUGGUACUCCGAAGGGUCUCGUCAUGGAGCAUAGAAGCCUUUGCACAGCACAAACGGCUGCUGUAAAGCGUCUGAGACUUCCCUCUGGCGUCAGGACACUGCAGUUUGCUUCUUAUGUGUUCGAUGCUGCGGUUGGUGAAAUUGUUGCCACACUUAUUACCGGCGGCUGUUUAUGUAUCCCGUCGGACCACGACAGAAUGAAUGCGCUGUCUGAAUUUAUUCAACAGAACGACAUCAAUUGGGCUUGGCUUACGCCGUCGUUAAUUCGAACGCUCAAGCCCGAAGACGCACUAAAUCUAGAAGCAGUGAUCCUAGUAGGUGAAGCUGUUACUAGAGAUAUCAUGGAUGCUUGGUUUGGCAAGGUCCGCUUAAUCAAUGGAUGGGGGCCAGCUGAGACCUGCGUGGUGUCUACCCUCCAUGAAUGGCAAUCUAUUGAUGAGUCACCUCUCACAAUUGGUUCCCCCGUGGGUGGUUUCUGCUGGAUUGUUGAUCCAGAAAAUCCCCAUAAAAUAGCCCCAAUCGGAGCCGUGGGCGAGAUUGUUAUCCAAGGACCAACAAUACUAAGGGAAUACCUGGACGACCCGGUCCGCACCUCAGCUAGUAUGGUUAAGAACCUUCCUGCCUGGGCCCCGAAUCGUAAAGCUAAGUACUGGAAUCGAUUCUAUAAGUCUGGUGACCUUGCCUUAUAUAAUGCGGACGGAACCAUUCAAUUUGUGAGUCGCAAGGACACGCAAAUCAAGAUCCGCGGCCUUCGUGUUGAAUUGGGUGAAGUUGAACACCACGUCAAGACUGCCUUCAGCGGCGUUCAGCAGGUUGCUGUCGAUGUCAUCAGAUCCGGCAUCGGUGCUAGUCUGGUGGCAUACUUUUGCUUUACCAAUGAAAUCAAGAUUACUGGUACUCGUGCUUCCUCCGAUGAUAGUGGUCCAUUUGUCCAAAUGGAUGACGAAUUGCAGGGACAUCUCACUACGGUGAUAGGCCAGCUAAACAUCUCAUUGCCGCGAUAUAUGGUUCCAACAUUUUUCAUUCCUUGCCGGUACAUGCCUUACAUCACUUCAAGAAAGUUAGAUAGGAAUGACCUUAAACGACGAACUGCUGUACUCGAACAAGAAGAGCUCAUGAUGUACUCUCUUCAAACGCAAAAGAAGCGCGCACCGGAAACAAAAAUGGAAAAAGAUCUUCAAGCCAUUUGGUCUCGACUAUUAGCUAUCCCAUCUGAGAAUAUUGGCCUUGACGAUAGCUUUUUGGGCUUGGGCGGUGAUUCAAUUACUGCUAUUCACCUCGUCACUAUGUCCCGCGAGAAGGGCAUGUCAUUGACGGCCCAGGAUAUUUUCGAUGACCCGCGAUUGUUUGCCGUCGCCUCAUGUGCCAAGGAGGUGCAUGCAGAAGAACAGGAAGUUCUAGUCAUCCCUCCCUUCUCGCUUCUUAGCGAGAAAUUACAGCAAUUGGCCAUAGGUGAUGACCUUCGCGCACAGUGUAACUUGGCUUUUGGAACUAUUGUGGAUGCCUAUCCUUGCACUGCCCUACAAGAAGGCCUCAUGGCGUUGUCUGUCAAACAGCCUGGCUCAUAUAUUGCCAAGUUCGUCUAUCGCAUACCCGAGUAUGUGGACAUCUCUCGUUUUAAAGCUUCCUGGGAGCAGACUGUUAUUCUUUGCGACAACCUUCGAACUCGAAUUGCCCUUGUUGAUGGACGAGCCACCCAAAUUGUUACAAAUGAGCCCAUCACCUGGGCACUCAGCCUUGAUUUACAUACCGCAUUUUCUGAUAUGAGAUCGGUCAAUAUGACUUAUGGAUCUCCCCUCUCUCAGUUUGCACUGGUUAAGCAGAGUAGUGGCGAGAUUUUCUUUUUGUGGUCAAUUCAUCAUGCUAUUUUCGACGGCUGGACAGUGCCGAUAUUGAUGAACACAUUGCAUGCGCUCUACCGUGGCGUAGAGCCAGCACAACCCGUACCUUAUGCUAGAUUUGUCAAGUUCACUAUGGACGUUGAUAAUGAGGAUACUGUCAAGUACUGGAGAGACCAAUUGCAUAACGCAAAGAAAGCCACGUUCCCUCCAGUUACACCAUAUCGACCUAACGCUAUGAAUGUUCUGGAGAAGUCCAUUAAUUACACUCGGACUGUCGGCUCUCCAAUUACCAGGGCCACUCUCCUACGAGCGGCAUGGGCUCUUGUACUUUCUCGAUACUCUGAAAGCGAUGAUGUAACCUUUGGUACCACAAUCUCCGGUCGUCAGGCCCCUGUCAGUGGUAUCACUAAUAUGGCUGGCCCUGCUGUUGCAACUGUUCCUGCUAGAAUUCACCUUGAUAAACAGCAGACUGUAUCUGCUUUCUUAGAGAGCGUCCAGAAUCAAGCUCUGCGUAUGAUACCUUACGAACAGUAUGGUCUACAGAAUAUCUCAAAGAUCAGCUUGGAUGCCAAGGAAGCUUGUGAUUUUACCUCACUGUUGGUUAUCCAACCCAUCGAUCAAUUGGAAUAUCGCAGCGAUGAUGCACUUUUGGUCCCAGCUGAGUCGGCCAUUGCUAAAAAGGCAGAGAUCAUGAAAAAUUACUUCUCGUAUCCUCUUGUUAUCCAAGGCCAUCUUUACGAAAACACCAUCAACCUCAUGUUUAACUAUGAUUCUCAAAUUCUAUCAGAUAGCAAGAUGCAGGCCUUGUCUCGUCAUUUUGAUAAUGCUAUUCAAGAACUUACUAGCAAAGGCGACAUGCUCCUUGGUAGUAUAUCUCUAUCAAGUAGCUGGGAUUUUGGCCAGGCUCUUCAACUCAAUAGCAGAACGUCCGACGCUGUUGAACGAUGCUUCCAUGAAAUGGUUGACGAAGUUGCGUUGGUUAGAAGUGACUCUUUGGCUAUUUCUGGUUGGGAUAAGUCGUUUACCUAUAAAGAAAUGACGGAGACAACGAACCGCAUUGCCCAGUAUCUUGUUGCUGAGCACGGAGUCAAAGUCGGAGAUAUUAUUCAUGUAUGCUUCGAAAAGUCGGCUUGGUUCCUCAUCGCUACCCUGGCUAUCAAUAAGGCUGGCGCAGCCUGGUCAACCCUUGACCCAUCUCACCCAGCUGAACGAUAUCAGAAGAUCAUUAGUCAAACUGGCUCUCAGCUAGCACUGGCCUCGGCUAUAAAUUCUCACAGGUGUAUUGGUUUAUUGCCAAAAGUUAUUGAACUGACACCUGAACUUGACGCCAAAUUGGCUCUCAAUAGUCAAUGGAGCGCCAAAAGACCAGCCGUGGAAGUCACGCCCAGCGAUGCCGCUUAUAUCUUAUUCACUUCCGGAUCCACAGGUGUACCAAAAGGUGUCGUGAUUGAACACGCGUCACUUUGCACCAGUCAAACUUCUCUAUCACAGGCUGUUCAAUUCCAGGAAGAAUUUAGGGUUCUUCAGUUCUCGUCUUACUCAUUUGAUGCUGCAUUAUUUGAGAUUGGCUCAACCUUCCUCACUGGUGCUUGUCUCUUUGUUCCCUCAUGGGACGAACAGAUGAACGAGUUAACAGAGUAUAUCCGAAAACAUCAAAUUACCUGCGCGCUUCUGACUCCGACUCUGGCUCGAACUAUCCGCCCCGAGGAUGUUCCUUCCCUUGACAUGCUAUUAGCUGCUGGCGAAGCUCCUACACGUGAAAUUCUCGAUAUAUGGUUUGGAAAGGUCAGACUUCUUAAUGCUUGGGGUCCAACCGAAUGCUGCGUUAUCGCAUGUAUUCACGAGUGGACUUCAGUUAAUGAAUCGCCCAAGGUUAUCGGUCGACCAGUCGGCGGCUCAUGCUGGAUUGUCGAUCCAGGCGAUCCCACACGCAUGGCACCCUCAGGAACUGUUGGAGAAAUUGUUAUACAAGGCCGAAAUCUGCUACGUGAAUAUCUCUCCGAUCCUGUCAAAACAGCUACCGCUACUGUUACGGGUCUUCCCCAAUGGGUUCCACAGCGCGAUUCUCUUCAUUGGGAUCGCUUCUACCUCACAGGUGACUUGGGCUUUAUUAACGAAUCUGGAAAUAUAGAAUAUUGUACCCGUAAAGACACCCAAGUUAAGAUUCGAGGGCAGCGUCUCGAGCUUGAAGAGAUUGAGCAUCAUAUUCAGGCCAAUCUCGAAGGUGUCCGACAGGUCGCUGUAGACGUUGUCAAAUCUGAUGCUGGCUCAUCGCUCAUCGCUUUCGUUUGUUUCUCUGAUGCCAAAGAACCCAUGAGCCUUGAUGAAGCGACAGUUGGAAACGUGAUAUUUUCGCCACUUGAAGGAAAUCUCCAGGCUACAAUUAGUAGCCUGAUAGGAACUCUGGGUACCCUCAUGCCCCGAUACAUGGUGCCGAGUGCAUUCGUUCCAUGUACCUACAUGCCUCUGGCGACUUCAACCAAAUUAGAUCGCAAGAAGUUGAGGGAACUGGCCGCUUCUCUUAGCCAAGAGGAAAUGGCUGUCUACUCGCUCGCUAACGAAGAGAAAACCGCCCCGCAGACAGCUAUGGAGAGCCGCAUUCAGAAACUAUGGGCACAGGUCUUGAAUCUUAGUAUCGACGCGAUAGGACGUGACGAUUCCUUCCUUCAAAUUGGCGGCGAUUCUAUUUCUGCAAUUCAACUCGUUUCUGUCGCUCAAGACGCCAACGUCAGAAUUACCGUCAGAGAUAUCUUCAACGAUCCACGGCUGUUGGCUAUUGCGUCCAAAGCCACUGAGAUUGGUGAAGAUGGCGAAGAAGUGGUUCAUAUUGAACCCUUCGGUCUUCUGGACGACUCCCUUAAAAGUGUCGUUCUCAGCCAGAGUAUUCAAAGUCAAUACAAUCUUCCAACGGAUAGGGGAAUUGAGGAUGCCUAUCCAUGUACGAAACUUCAGGAGGGUCUCAUGGCUCUCGCUGUUAAGCAGCCUGGAUCGUACAUUGCUAAAUUCCUCUAUCGAAUUUCCCGUAACGUCAAUAUCUCACACUUCAAGGCCUCUUGGGAGGAGACAGUUCGCCUGUUACCCAACCUUCGCACUAGAAUCUUUAAUAUCGAUAGCAUCUCCAUCCAGGCGGUCCUAGAAAAUGAUAUUUCUUGGCAAUCAACUGAUGAACACUCUUUGCGUUCUUAUAUGCAUGCCGCUGAAACCUGUGAGAUGGCUUAUGGCUCCACGUUGGCUCGAUAUGCCCUUAUUGAAGAAAGUGGUGAAACAUAUUUCGCAUUAUUUAUGCACCAUGCCAUUUUUGACGGUUGGGGAAUAAGGGUCGCUAUGGGCAUUUUUCACUCCAUCUUCCGCAACCAAAGUACUGUGGCUGUAGAGCCUUAUGUACGAUUUGUCCAGUACACUCUGAAUAUUGACAAUAAUGCUGCAGCUGAUUACUGGAAGGCUCAAUUCCAAGGAGCAAGACAAACAGUUUUCCCAGCAACACCAUCGUCGGUGCAUGAGAAGAAGAAAAACACCACGCUCACGUUUGAGAAGGCGAUUGAACUGCCCAAUAUGGGCAAGACUUCAGUCACAAAAGCUACUAUGCUUCGAGCUGCAUGGGCCAUUGUGUUAGCUAAAUACUGCGACUCUGAUGAUGUUACCUUUGGUACCACAAUAUCUGGUAGGCAAGCGCCAGUUCGUGGCCUUGCAGACAUGACCGGACCUGCAAUUGCGACAGUCCCGGUCCGCGUUCUCAUGGACCGUACCCAGUCUAUUGCGAAUUAUUUACAAACUAUUCAAAGCCAGGCAAACGACAUGAUUCCCUUUGAACAAUUUGGCUUACAAAAUAUUUCCAAGCUUAGUUCUGAUGCUAAAGAUGCCUGCAGUUUCAGCAGUCUGCUUGUGAUUCAACCUAUACAAUCGCUGUCCUAUGUGGAUGACAAUGCAGACGCUAUUUUUGUCCAUGCAGAGGUUGAAAAGGAAAUUGGCGACACAGUCCAAAAUUAUUUUAGCUAUCCAUUAGUUAUUCAAGGACACAUGCACGAAAGCUUCAUCAAUCUCGUUCUGAUUUACAAUGCGGAUGUGCUACCAGAGAGCCAGAUGAUUGCCCUAUCCCACCAAUUCGAAAUAGUCAUGAAACAGCUGGCUUCUCAAUCAGACCAGGAGCUAGGCUCUGUCUCUUUGGCUAGUGACUGGGACCUUGCCAAUUCUAUGAGGCAGAAUAGCCAGAUUCCCGAUAUGGUUGAGUCUUGUAUUCAUCAGUUAAUUGAGCACCAGGCUACUGCUCAGCCAGAUGCUCCCGCUAUCGUGAGCUGGGAUCGCGAUUUCACCUAUAGGCAACUAAACGAGGCGUCCAACAGGCUGGCACAUUUCCUUGUCAGUAAAUAUAACAUCAAGCCAGAAGAUUUAGUUCCAGUCUGCUUCGAGAAGAGCGCUUGGCAUUUUGUCGCUAUUACUGCGAUCAAUAAAGCCGGUGCUGCCUGGGUUCCCCUCGAUCCCUCACAUCCAGAAUUACGCCUCCGUCAAGUCGUUUCCCAGACCCGCGCUAAACUGGCUCUGUCAUCUUCAGCCAACUCCAACCUAUGUGCUACUCUCGUUGGCGAAGUAGUCGAAGUAAACGCCGAGCUUGAUAAUAAGCUAUUGGCAACUGAAGCCAGUGCGUAUGGUCCUAUUGUGGGCAUCUCUCCGCGUAACGCCGCAUAUGUGCUAUUCACGUCUGGUAGCACAGGAACUCCAAAAGGUCUUGUUAUGGAACAUGGAUCCGUCUUUCGAAUGUUGCAAUUUGCUGCGUUUGUCUUUGAUUUAUCAAUUGGCGAGAUUGUUGGACCGCUAAUCGCUGGUGCUUGUAUAUGUGUUCCAUCAGAGGAUACCCGCAUGAGUGGCAUCGUUGACUUCAUCAACACAAAGGCUGUUACUUGGGCAUAUCUGACACCAUCCUUUGUUCGUACAAUCAGACCAUCUGAGGUGUCUAACCUAGAGCUUCUACUACUUGCGGGUGAAGCCGUUCCUCGAGACGUUUUCACAACCUGGUUUGGCAAGCUCCGUCUGAUUAAUGGAUGGGGUCCUGCCGAAACUUGUUGCUUUAGUGCAUUGCAUGAAUGGCAAUCGGCUGAAGAGAGUCCUCUUACCGUCGGUCGUCCCGUGGGUUCAUUCUGUUGGAUAGUUGACCCAGAAAAUCCGUCUCAACUCGCGCCAACCGGUAUCUUAGGCGAGGUUGUAAUUCAAGGCCCAACGAUUCUACGCGAGUAUUUAUCAGAUAAAGAACGUACCGACGCUGCUGUUGUUGAAUCUCUCCCCGAGUGGGCACCAUUCCGCGAGCAGGCCAGUUGGAGCCGCUUUUAUAAAUCAGGAGAUCUUUGCAAGUAUAAUCCUAAUGGAACUAUUGAGUUUUCCAGCCGCAAGGAUACACAAGUCAAGAUACGUGGCUUAAGAGUUGAAUUAGGUGAAGUUGAACAUGCCGUUCAGGUCGCUUUAGAUGGUGCCCAUCAAAUCGCCGUUGACGUCUUCAAGGGAGAUAAUGGCACCAACCUCGUGGCGUAUUUCUCGUUUAGUGAUGAAACCCGCCAGAUCCACGAAGCCGAUCCCUCUGGACCAUUUCAACCGCUGGAUGAGGAUUUACAAGCUCGUCUGACAGCUGUUGUAGGGGAGCUUAAUGUAGCUCUUCCUAGGUACAUGAUUCCAACUCUGUUUAUCCCUUGCAAGUAUAUGCCUUCUAUCACAUCUACCAAGCUCGAUAGGGGCGAGCUUCGGCGUUGCACCGAGACCCUUACCAAGUCUGAAUUGGCUGUGUUUUCUCUACUAAGUGGUAAAAAGAGGGCUCCCGAGACGCGAAUGGAGAAUCUUAUUCGACGUAUCUGGUCAAAGAUUCUUGACAUACCAGUUGAUGCCAUUGGUCGUGAUGAUAGCUUUUUAGGGCUCGGGGGUGAUUCAAUUACAGCCAUCCGUCUAGUGAGCAUUUCUCGAGAGCACGGGAUUCAUCUUGCUGUAAAGGAUAUCUUCCGUGACCCACGUCUACUGGCUGUCGCCAAUAAGGCUAAGGAACUUGAUGCUGAGGAUCAACAACAGCCGCUGGCUAUAUCACCGUUCAGUCUUCUCAGCCCUGAGAACCGUGACAUCGUCGUCGGUUCCAGUGUCGCACGGCAGCUCAAGUUGCUCGCAGGCCAGACCGUUGAAGACGCAUAUCCGUGCACCAAGCUUCAAGAAGGUCUGAUGGCGUUAUCCGCGAGCCAACCAGGAAGCUAUAUUGCGAGAUAUGUUUACCGCCUACCCCAGGAAGCUGAUAUUACUCGUUUUAAAUCUGCUUGGGAGCAGACCAUCAUCCGGCAUCCUACUUUAAGAACCAGAAUUAUCAUGGUCAACAAUACUUGCGUUCAGCUGGUAGUCAAGGAGGGCAUUGCUUGGGAUUACCAAGAUUCUACGGAUCUGAAUGACGCUGUUCGCGUUACUCACUCGUAUACCAUGACGUACGGCACGCCUCUAUCCAGAUACUCUAUCCAUGAGUCCACAUCCGGUGACAAGUACUUUUUAUGGACGAUCCAUCACUCAAUACACGAUGGCUGGGCUGUCUCUGUGAUUUUUAAUACACUCGGUCAGGCCUACAAGGGCCUCGAACUGGGACUUCCCAAGGAUUACGCGGGCUUCAUCAGGUACACCAUGGAACUUGAACAGAAAGCUGCGAGUAAUUAUUGGAGAACCCAGCUUCAAAAUGCCAAGCGGGCCAGCUUCCCAAAGACCGAUCUCGCGCCGAGAUCUACUGCCACUGAACAGAAGAUUCGUACCAUAUCUACUUCUGUGAAAUUUUCGACAUCAUCCAGGAGUGUCGCCACGAAGGCUACCAUUAUAAGAGCUGCCUGGGCAAUUAUUCUUGCAAGAUAUUGCGAAAGUGAUGAUGUUUGCUUCGGAGCUACAAUCUCUGGCAGAGAAGCACCUGUAUAUGGCCUUCUAGACAUGGCCGGCCCGGCAGUUGCAACUGUCCCAGUUCGCGUGCAGCUUGACAAAGAUCAGAGAAUUUCUCAAUUCUUACAGGAUGUCCAAAACCAAGCUCACGAAAUGGUGCCAUAUGAGCAGUAUGGUCUUCAAACUAUUGCUAAAUUAGGCAGUGAUGCAAGAGAUGCUUGUGAUUUUACAUCACUCUUGGUAAUCCAACCGGUCCAACGACAAGAAUUCGGCAUGCAGUCAAAUGAUGCCUUUUUGACCCCCGUUCAGGUAGAGCUUGAGGAUUUGGUUCAAAACUAUUAUAACUACCCUCUGGUUCUCCAGGGUCAUGUUUACGAUGACCAUGCCGACCUCGUUUUGAUCUAUAAUCCUACAGUUAUUUCCGAGCCACAGUCGACCGUUCUUUGCCACCACGUUAGCAACGUUGUACAGCAAUUGAUGACGAAGGAAAGUGAUGGCAAGCUGGGAGAUAUUUCAGUUGCUGGUUCAUUCGAUCUAGAGCUUGCCCAGAAAUCUAAUGGUGCUGGACCCGAGAUCAUUGAUGACUGCAUUCAUCAUGUUAUUACGAGACAAGUUGAACGGAGACCGAAUGCACCUGCUAUUAAUGCCUGGGACGGACAGUUUACCUAUGGUGAAUUAGACCGCGCAGCUAAUAGAUUGGCGCGCCUCCUCGUUAAUAACUAUGGAGUCAGCAUUGGCGACAUUGUGCAUGUUUGCUUUGAGAAGUCCAAGUGGUAUGUCGUGGCUAUUCUGGCAAUCAAUAAAGCCGGCGCUGCUUGGGCUCCAUUUGAUCCUUCGCAUCCUCUCCAGCGACUCCAAGCUGUUGCUAGUCGAACUGAUGCCAAGUUGGCCCUUGCUUCAACUGUCAACACAAGCCUCUGUGAGCAAGUGGUGGAAUGCGUAGUUGAAGUUUCAUCUGCAAUGGACAGCGAGCUUUUGAAUUCAUACGGCAUUAGCGAAAAGGGGCCGGAUAUUAAUGUAACCCCUGCCGACGCUGCCUACAUUUUAUUCACGUCGGGAUCUACCGGUAUGCCAAAGGGUAUUGUGAUGCAACACAGAGCACUUUGCACAAGCCAAGCAGCAAUCAGUGGAUGGCUGGGUCUUGACCACACUGUUAGAAUGCUGCAAUUCUCAUCGUUUGUUUUCGAUGUGUCAGUGGGCGAAAUCAUGCAGUCUCUAAUGAACGGUGCUUGCGUAUGUGUUCCAUCAGAUCACAUGCGCCUUAAUAGCCUUGAUGGCUUCGUCCGCGACUUCAAUGUCACAUGGGCAUAUCUGACACCGUCAUUCACUCGGACCUUGAAACCCAAAGAUUUCCCCAAUCUUAAGCUGCUACUUCUUAUUGGCGAGGCUACAACUCAAGAUGUACUCGACGCUUGGUUCGGUCUUCCCAAUACACGAUUUAUUAAUGCUUGGGGUCCUGCAGAGACCUGCGUUUUUAGUUCACUUUACGAAUGGCACUCAAAUACCGAGUCUCCCAUGAAGCUUGGCCGGGCUGUUGGCGCGCAUGUGUGGGUUGUUGAUGCUAACAACCCUCAGAGACUUGCGCCCACUGGCUGUUUAGGCGAAAUUGUUGUCCAAGGUCCUUCUCUCCUCAAGCAGUAUCUCGCGGACCCUGAGAAAACAAUUACUGCUACAGUGACUGAGCUUCCUGAGUGGGCUCCUCAACGCCAAUCUGGGUUAUGGAACCGAUUUUAUAAAACAGGUGAUUUGGGUUUUUACGAUCAUGAUGGCAUACUUCAUUUUGCUAGCCGAAAAGACACGCAGGUCAAGGUUCGUGGAUUGCGUGUUGAGUUAGGCGAAGUUGAACACCGCAUUCAAGGCUCUUUGGAGGGCGUUCGCCAGGUUGCUGUCGAUGUCUUCAAAACCGAAAAGGGGGCUAACUUGGUUGCUUAUUUCUGCUUUUCUGAUGUUACGAAGACUCCAGCUCAGAGUACUGGUCUUGAAGGCAAAGACCUAUUCUUGGCUAUCGGUACCGAGCUGAAAUCUAAGCUGGACAAGAUGCUUACCGAGCUAAACUCUGUACUACCAACAUACAUGAUUCCGACUAUGUUUAUUCCUUGUGAAUACAUGCCCUUCAUUGCGUCUUCCAAGUUGGACCGUGUUAAGCUUCGAAGUUUAACCACCGAGCUUAGUCAAGACCAAUUGGAAACUUAUUCCUUGCUGGAUAAUGAGAAACAAGAACCCCAGACCGAGAUGGAAGUUCGUCUCCAGCAGCUCUGGGCUGAGAUUCUAGAUUUGCCGGAAAGUUCAAUUGGCCGACACGAUAAUUUUAUGCGCAUUGGUGGUGACUCGCUUGCUGCUAUUCAACUUGUUUCAAUGGCCCGCGACGUCGGAAUUGGCCUUACGGUGAACGAUAUCUUUGAUGAUGCCCGCCUGAGUUCGGUCGCUGCUAAAGCUAUUGACGAGGGCGAAGGUGGCAAUGCUGUGGCGGCAAUUGAAUCAUUCAGUCUUUUGCCUACCAAUGUUGAAGAUCUUGUUCUGACACAUGCUCUUGCUGAUGGUCAAUUCAUCGAAGAUGCUUAUCCCUGCAGCAGUCUCCAAGAAGGUCUCAUGGCUCUCGCUGUAAAGCAGCCAGGUUCUUACAUCGCCAAAUAUGUCUACAAGCUUUCAGAACAUGUUGACGUUAAUAAAUUUAAGGUAUCCUGGGAGCGCACAGUUGAGAUAGCCAGCGCCUUACGAACGCGGAUCAUCCAAACUGGAGGGCGUUCCAUCCAAGUCGUCAUUCAUGGCGAUAUUACCUGGGAUGAAAUCGACGACAAUCUACAGUCAUGUCUCGUCCAAUCUCAAUCUCUUGAGAUGGGAUAUGGUUCACGGCUUUGCCAGUAUGCACUUAUUCAAGAUGGCAACAAUACAUACUUCAUAUGGCAUAUGCAUCAUGCUGUCUUUGAUGGUCUGUCAACGCAGAAUAUCCUGAAUACGCUAUUCAAGGUUUACAGGGGUAUUGACGUUCCGCCUCUCCCGCCAUAUGCUCGAUUUAUCCAAUACACCCUUCAACUCGAAGAGGAUACUUUGGUCAACUACUGGAAAGGGCAGCUUCACAACGCCCAAAAGGCGAUAUUCCCGCCAACAAGCGAUGUUUCUCACCCCAAAGAUGCUGCUACUAAAGUGUUGCAAACGUCUAUUGAGAUCCCCUCAAGCAUGAAAAACUCGGCCAUUACAAUGGCUACAGUCUUCCGAGCAACUUGGGCUAUUGUCCUUGCUAGAUACUGCGAUUCAGAUGAUGUGACGUUUGGUACUACUAUAUCCGGUCGACAGGCGCCCAUCCCAGACAUUUUAGAAAUGGUUGGCCCUAUAAUCGCCACUGUGCCGGUCCGUGUACGUAUUAACCGCCAGCAGCUUGUCUCUGAUUUCCUUGCAGGUAUUCAAAGACAGGCUGUGGAGAUGGUCGCCUUUGAACAAUAUGGUCUUCAAAAUAUCGCUAAAUUAAGCGACGAUACACGCGAUGCAUGCAACUUUAGCAGCCUUCUAGUCGUUCAUCCUAUGCAACAUCUUGGUGGCAUGAGUAACGAUGAUAGUAUCUUCGUUGACACCGGCAUUAGUGGGGAUGGUGCUCUUCAGAACUACUUCUCUUAUCCCCUUAUGAUUCAGGGUCACUUAUAUGAUAAUCAUGUAGACUUAACGCUCAUUUAUGACUCGAACAUCAUUCCCGAAGCUCAAUUAGUUGCAUUAUCUCACCACUUCAGUCAUGUAAUGACGCAACUAACUACCAAUAAGCCUGCUACUCUAGAAACAGUCUCAAUCUCUUCACCAUAUGAUGUCCAGAAGGCUAUGGAUAUUAACUCUGAGAUACCGGAAGUUAUUGAUGCCUGCAUGCAUGACUUGUUUGAAAAACAGGUCAACUUGAGUCCACAGGCUCCAGCUAUUGCUGCCUGGGAUGGAAAUUAUACCUAUGGCGAGCUUAAUAUAGCAGCCAACAGGUUGGCUCAUUACCUCAUCAACGUUUACGGCGUCAAGCCCCACGAUUUUGUUCAUCUUUGCUUUGAAAAAUCAGCAUGGUACACAGUCUCAAUAAUCGCAAUAAACAAGGCGGGUGCAACUUGGGUCCCAUUGGACCCUUCACAUCCAGAGCAACGAUUACGAUCAAUUAUCAGCCAAACUAAGGCCACCCUGGCCUUAGCCUCACCAGGCAACGUGGCCCUCUGCUCAGGCUUAGUUGACAACGUCAUUGAGGUAACUUCAGACCUCGACAAUAUGCUCCCGAAAGAAGACGGAUUCAAUAGUCCCGAAGUCAAUAUCACUUCGCGAGCUGUGGCGUAUGUUCUCUUCACUUCAGGUUCAACUGGCACGCCUAAAGGCUUCAUGAUAGAGCACGGUUCUUUAUGCACAAAUAUAAACGCAAUUGCUAAAAGAGUCCGCCAUGGCUCAAAAGCCCGUAUUCUACAAUUUGCCGCGUAUGUAUUCGAUUUCUCUGUUAUGGAGAUUAUCUUAUCAUUACUCCAAGGGGCCUGCAUAUGUGUCCCUUCCGAACACGCACGCAUGAAUAGCCUAGUCGACUUCAUCCGGGACAUGAACAUCAACUGUCUCUAUCUUACACCAUCCUUCUUGCGUACUAUUCACCCCAGCAACGUUCCGAGCGUGGAAUUGGUUUUUGUAGCAGGCGAGGCUUUGCCACGAGAUGUUUUGGAGACCUGGGUUGGUCGCGUUCGCUUCCUGAAUGGCUGGGGCCCUGCAGAAACAGUUAUCGCUAGCAGUAUUCAUGAAUUUGAAUCUGUUGAUGAGCCACCUUUAACCAUUGGCCGCCCUGUUGGUGGUUUCUGCUGGAUUGUCGAUCUAAAUAACCCUCAGCGUCUUGCACCAAUCGGGACUCUUGGGGAGGUAGUGAUCCAGGGACCAACUUUACUUCGCGAGUAUCUCGGUGACCCUCAAAAGACGCGGGAAACAGUCACGAAUAAUUUACUAGAAUGGGCGCCCCGUCCGGAUAAAGACAACUGGAACCGAUUUUAUAAGACCGGUGACUUAUGCUUUUAUAAUACCAACGGCAUGAUCGAGUUUUCAUCCCGCAAGGAUACGCAGGUUAAGAUUCGUGGUCUUCGUGUCGAGCUUGGUGAGGUUGAGUAUCACGUCCAAACCUCGUUUAAAGCAAUCCGCCAGAUUGUUGUAGACGUUCUAACAACAGACAACGGCUCUAAUCUGGUAGCAUACCUAUGUUUCAACGACGAGAUGAGACAACUUCACGAAGCUGAUGCCAAUGGCCCAUUUGCCCCCUCCGAUGCUGAGUUUCAAGAGACGCUUAUUGAGGCUGUAGGUGAAUUAAGCGCGGCUUUGCCACGUUAUAUGAUUCCUACAUUCUACAUCCCAUGCAGUUACAUGCCCAGCAUAACAUCUUUUAAACUUGACCGAAAGGAGCUUAAAAGACACACAGCAGCUCUCAGCCAAUCCGAAUUAAACAGGUUUUCGCUAUAUGGGGUCAGUAAGCGUAUGCCCGUAACUCCUAUGGAAUAUCAACUACAAAAGAUCUGGUCGGCAAUAUUAUCAAUUUCGACCGACUCUAUUGGCCGCGAUGAUAGCUUCCUUGGAUUGGGAGGAGACUCAAUCAUCGCCAUCCAUCUCGUCACUGCGUGUCGCGAGGCUGGGCUUUCCAUCUCUGUAAAGGAAAUUUUUGACGACCCUCGUCUAUCUGCAGUUGCUUCCAAGGUUCACGCCCUUGACGCAGUUGAUGAAGAUAUGUCGGUUAUUCCAUUCAGUUUACUAUCUGAUCAUUUCUGUGCUAUGGUUCACAGUGAUGAUAUACGAUCUCAGAUAUCAUUAUCCCCGAGUCAAACUGUCGAAGAUGCCUACCCUUGUUCAAAAUUACAAGAAGGGCUCAUGGCUUUGUCUGUCAAACAGCGUGGUUCUUACGUCGCACAGUACGUGUAUAAGUUGUCGGGUAGCGUAGAUCUCGUCCGGUUUAAAGCUGCUUGGGAGCGAACACUCCAGCUUUGCGCUAAUCUUCGAAGCCGCAUUAUCAUCAUUGAUGAUACUUGCGUUCAGUUAUUGAUUGACGGGCCCGCUGAGUGGGAUGACACAUAUCCAACAAAUUUACAGGGUGCUAUCGAUAUGACUCGUUCUGAGAUGACUUACGGUUCUCGUCUCAACCGUUAUGCAUUGGUUGAGGAUGCUGAGUCUGGCCAUCACUUCGUCUGGGCGUCGCAUCAUGCUGUUCAUGAUGGCUGGACGAUUCGAAUCAUCAUGAACACGCUCUACAGUGUAUACUUGAACCAAGAGCCUCCUCGACUUCUGCCCUACUCCUCCUUCAUCCGCUACACGGUUAAUAUCAAUACAGACAAGGCCAGCAACUUCUGGCGCGAGCAGAUGCGAAAUGCUAAGCGUGCUACCUACCCCCCAAUGCCUCGGAUUGAAUCCCAUAGUGGUAUCACUCGUAUGAUGAAUAAGACGAUAUCUUUCCCUCCAUCCGUCAAGACUGUUGCCACAAAGGCUACUAUUCUUCGUGCUACCUGGGCAAUUCUUCUUGCUCGCUACUGUGAUUCCGAUGAUAUCACAUUCGCAACCACUGUCUCUGGCCGUCAAGCUCCUGUAAACGGUCUUACUGAAAUGCCAGGUCCAGUUGUGGCAACAGUCCCGAUUCGUGUUCGCCUUGAUGCUAGUCAAUCAGUUUCCCACUUCCUUAGCAACAUUCAGUCUCAAGCAACUGAGAUGAUUGCGUUUGAGCAAUUCGGUCUCCAAAAUAUUAUUAAAUUGAGCGCAGAUGCGAGAGAUGCUUGCGAAUUCUCUUCUCUUCUUGUUAUACAACCCCGAACUCAUUUGGAUUUGAUUAGAAGCAAGGAAUCUUCUGAUCCCCUCCUAACGCCAGCGACCGAAGUAAGAAGCGGUGAACAACUAAUGCAGAACUAUUUCACAUACCCUCUCGUGAUACAAGGACAUAUCUUUGACAGUUCCAUCGAGCUUCUUCUUACAUAUGACUCGACAGUCUUGUCAGAAGUCCAAAUGCAGGCCCUAUCUCAUCAAUUUGAUGUUGUUGCAAACCAGCUAGUUCAUGAGUCUAAUGAUGCUCUUAGCUCUGUCACCAUUUCCGGCGAAUGGGAUCUUGAGCAAGCGAAGAGAUGGAAUCUUGAAGAUCCCGAAAUCCUGGAUACCUGCAUUCACAGCCUUAUAGAGAAACAAGCACGCAUCAGACCAGAAGCACCAGCUAUUUGCGCCUGGGAUGGCCAGAUGAGCUACAACCAACUCAACGAGGCUGCUAAUGGACUAGCCCAUCAUAUACUCAAGGCAGGUAUCAAGACUGACGAUCUAGUCCACGUCUGCUUUGAGAAGUCUCUCUGGUUCUUCGUUUCCAUAAUUGCAAUUAACAAAGUUGGCGCCGCAUGGGUACCGCUUGACCCAUCUCACCCUGAAGAACGUCUGCGGCAGAUUGUGGGCCAGACUCUGGCCAAAGUAGCUCUUUCGUCACCCGUCAACGCUGCUCUCUGCAGCAAAUUAGUUGAUCAUGUCAUCGAAGUCUCCUUCAGUCUCAUUGAUGACAUUUUUAUAAUUCACAAUGGUCUCGGUAACCCCGCUGUCAACGUAUCGCCAAACAACGCUGCCUAUAUUCUCUUCACUUCGGGUAGCACAGGAACACCAAAGGGUCUCGUUAUGCAGCACAACGCUGUCUGCACGAGUCAAACUGCUAUCGCCAAGAGGCUUUGUUUAACUCCAGACGUCAGAAUUCUUCAAUUUGCUGCCUAUGUCUUUGAUCUCUCUAUUGGUGAGAUUGUGGCUCCUUUAAUCAGCGGAGCUUGCGUAUGUGUGCCAUCAGAAGAGAUAAGAAUAAAUAGUCUAAAGGAUUUCAUCCUGGACAGAAACAUUAAUUGGGCCUUCCUAACGCCUUCUUUCGUUCGAACGUUAAAGCCUGAAGACGUACCUAGUCUUAAGCUAUUGCUGUUAGCCGGCGAGGCUGUGGGAAGGGAUAUUCUUGACGCAUGGUUCGGUAAGGUACGGCUGAUUAAUGGCUGGGGGCCUGCUGAAACUUGUGUGUUCUCUACUUUGCACGAGUGGUCUUCCAUUGAUGAGUCACCUUUAACAAUCGGACGACCGGUUGGAGGGCAAUGUUGGAUUGUUAAUGCGGAAGACUCGAAUAAGUUAACACCAAUUGGUUGUUUAGGUGAAGUCGUCUUACAGGGUCCAACACUACUCCGCGAAUACCUCGCUGAUCCCCAGAAGAAUAAAGAGUCUAUUAUUACUGCAUUGCCGUCAUGGGUGCCGAAGAAAGACUCUAACCCUCACUUCUGGAGCCGUUUUUACAAGUCGGGCGACUUGUGCUUCUACAACCCUGAUGGUACGCUUGAGUUUUACAGCCGUAAAGAUACCCAGGUUAAAAUCCGUGGUCUUCGUGUGGAAUUAGGCGAAGUUGAACACCAUAUUCGCGAAUCACUCAAAGGUGUCAAGCAGGUUGCUGUUGAUGUUCUGAAAUCAGAAACAGGAACGAACCUGGUUUCAUAUAUCUGCUUUAAUGACGAUUCUCAGUCUGUCUCGUCAGACCUCAAAGCCAGCGAUAUAUAUCUCCCUCUCGACAACGACGUCCAGAAUCACGUUACUGCUAUGGUCGGCGAGCUCGGUGUAACUCUUCCGCGCUAUAUGAUCCCUACGAUGUUUAUUCCCUGCAAAUUCAUGCCUUAUAUUACCUCCACAAAAUUGGAUAGGAAGACACUCAAGGAAAUGACAGCCUCUCUUGAUAGGGAUCAACUAAUGCACUAUUCGCUUAUUAAUAGCAAGAAGCGCAUACCCCAGACGGAGAUGGAAACUCUCCUCCAGGCUAUCUGGAGCGAAAUACUUAAUCUUCCCAUUGAAUCCAUUGGUCGUGACGAUAGCUUCCUUCAGAUUGGUGGCGAUUCUAUCACUGCGAUUUACUUUGUGUCAAAGGCGCGCGAAGCGGGAAUCUCAUUCGUAAUCAAGGACAUCUUUGAUGACUCUCGGCUACUCGCUGUCGCAUCCAAGGCAGUAUUUUUGGAGGAAGACAAGGGGCAACAGGAGCACAUUGCCCCGUUCAGUCUUUUGAACGAACAGACUCGUGCCCUGGUGCUCGGUGGUGAAUUCCGCACGUCUAACAGCCUUCUUGAUAAUCACAUCAUUGAAGAUGCGUAUCCCUGCACUUCACUGCAGGAAGGUCUGAUGGCGUUAACGGUGAAGCAACCGGGCUCGUAUGUUGCCAAAUAUGUUUACAGACUUGAUAAUUCUGUCGAUACAGAUCGUUUCAAAGCCGCGUGGAGUCGCACCGUGGAGCUUUGUGGUAACAUGCGAACGCGCAUUGUCUUGCUAAAUGGAGCACCAAUACAGUUGCUCCUCAGGGAAGAUAAUCAAUGGCAAUCCCUAGAGAAUGAUACACUUGCCACAAUCACCAACUCUCCUCGCGACUUGGAGAUGGGCUAUGGAGCACCUCUCUGUUGGUACGGAAUACUCGAAGAUAAUAACAAUAAAUAUUUCGUGUGGUCAGCCCACCACUCGAUAUAUGAUGGCUGGGUGAUGCGCAUAUUGCUGAAUACCCUGUUCACCGUUUAUUUCGGCGGCGAGGUUGCAGCUUUACAGCCGUAUUCUGGGUUUAUCAAGUACAACAUGGAGCUAAAUCAUACAGUUGCAGCAGAUUUCUGGCGAGAGCAACUGUCUGGCUCCAAGAGGGCUGUUUUCCCAGCCCGCCAAACCGGUUCAUCGUCAUCAACGCAAAUGUUAAAGUCCACUAUCAGAUUGGGACAGUCUCAGCGGACCACCAUCACCAUGGCUUCUACUUUAAGGGCUGCUUGGGCGAUUGUUCUUGCGCGAUACUGUGACACUGAUGAUGUAAGCUUUGGUACUACUGUGUCAGGUCGCCAUGCCCCGGUUGCUGGUUUAGAGACUAUGCCAGGCCCAAUGAUUGCAACUAUUCCUGUUCGAGUUCACUUGGAUCGCGCGAUCACCAAGUUCCAAUUCCUUGCUAACAUUCAAAAUCAAGCACAUGAAAUGGUUCCCUAUGAACAAUUCGGCCUCCAAAAUAUUUCUAAACUAAGCCGCGAUGCUAGAGACGUUUGUGACUUUUCGAGCUUGCUUGUUAUUCAGCCACCUGCAACCACUGUCUCAGAGCAGGACGCUGAAAGCAACAUCUUGGUCUACGGCGACGAGGAACAGAGCCGCACCGAUGAUGCCAUGCAAAAUUACUUUAAUUAUCCCCUUGUUAUUAUCAUUAAUCCUUUCGAGAACCAUGUUCUUCAGCGUUUCUUUUAUGAUUCCGAAGUCUUAACUAAGACUCAGGUAUCUGCACUCUCGAAUCAUAUUGACCAUGUUAUGCAGCAGCUUUUGGGUGAAACUGACGACACACUUGAGAGUAUUAAUCUGGUUGGCGAUUGGGACGUUCAGCACGCUCUUGCAUCUACUCGACUUAAGCCUUCUACGGAGUCAUGCACACAUUGGCUUAUUCAAAAACGCAUUAAGGAGCAACCCAGCGAUCCCGCUAUUGCUUCUUGGGAUGGCAACCUUACCUACGCAGAACUGGGUAUAUUUGCAUCUCGCCUGGCGUGGAGACUUCAGGCGCUCGGCGUUGGACCUGAAUCUCUCAUUCCUCUAUGCUUCCCAAAGUCCACGUGGGCAGUUGUUGCAAUGGUUGCUAUUCAAAUGGCUGGCGGUGCCUUUGUCCCCCUCGACCCCAACGCACCCGUUGCUCGCCUUCGUGGUAUCAUUGAAGAUACCAAGUCAUCUCUAGUUGUUGCUAGCCCGUCUUGCCAAGAUGCUGCUCGUCAUCUCGGCAUUGAGGUGUUCCUUGUCGAUGAGGCUCUAUUGAUUGAACUAUCCGAUUCUGCAGCCGCUACCAAUUCUGUGGUGCGGCCAGAAAAUGCAAGCGUUGUGCUAUUCACAUCAGGAUCAACUGGAAAGCCCAAAGGAAUGGUUAUUCAGCAUAACAGUUUGUGCUCAUCUAGUAAUGCUUAUGGCAGCGAUCUUAACAUUAGACCUGGCACGCGCGUAUUCCAGUUCUCUGCCUACACAUUCGAUGUUGGCGUACUCGACUGUCUUGUUUCCCUUAUGCGUGGCGCAACUGUUUGCAUUCCGUCAGACCACGCUCGUCUUAAUGACCUUGCAGGAGCUAUUAAUGCGACAAAAGCUAACUGGGUGUUCCUUACCCCUACGGUGGCGGAUCUUCUCUCGCCAGCUGACGUUCCUGAUCUCAAGGUUCUCUGUUUGGGUGGUGAGGCCAUUAGUAAGAGAUGUGCAGACCGCUGGAUCAGCCACACCGAGCUGCACGGCUUAUACGGUCCUGCGGAAGCUUCUAUUUGCGCCUGGAAUCCUGCUGUUUGUAAGAUUGGCCGGUCAACUAACCUUGGAAGGCCGAUUUCUUCAGCUUUCUGGGUAGUUGAACCUUACGAUAAUAGGAGACUUGUCCCUGUAGGAUGCAUCGGUGAACUUCUUAUUGAAGGCCCAAUGCUUGCUCGAGGAUACCUAAACGUCACCGCCGAAGUUGCGUCUAACUGGAUAGAGAAUGUCGACUGGCUUCCAGGGGACAGUAAGAAGAUGGUUUACAGGACUGGCGAUUUAGUUCGACGUAACGCGGAUGGCACUUUCGAAUUUAUUGGUCGUAAAGAUACCCAAGUUAAGCUUCAUGGUCAGCGUGUUGAACUUGGCGAAAUCGAGUCACGUAUCCACGAGUUCCUGCCAAAGAAUAUGGAUGCUAUCGUGGCUGUUGUCAAGGACGAGCAAGGGCAUGACAGUUUGUUCGCUUUCCUAUGGUACACGGAAGGCGAAAUGGCCGCUCACUCAAUCCUUCAAUUCAUGGAAAUCGUCACAGAUGAUGCUCGCUCUACGAUUUCCGACAUUGACUCGUCCCUUGGAAUGGUAUUGCCCUCCUACAUGAUUCCAUCAUCUUAUCUACUGUUUGAGGGCAAACCCGAACAGACGGUUAAUGGCAAAAUCAACCGCAAUGCUCUGCUCUCUCACGCCCAUAAUUUGUCAACACAUGACCGCCUGCGAUUUGCGCCUGUUGUUGGCAAGAGUGAACCACCAAGCACUCCUCUGGAAUUCAAGCUCAGAGAACUUUGGGCCCAGGUUUUGCAGAUUGAUGCUGAGUCUAUUGGUAAGAAUGACAGCUUUCUCCGCAUUGGAGGAGACUCGAUCACUGCUAUUCAGCUCGUCUCCUUGGCACAGCGAAACAACAUUGCACUUACAGUGGCUACCAUCUUCAACGAUCCUCGCUUAUCGGACAUGGCUGAAGCUGCCAACACUGGUGAAAUCCUGCCCGUAUACGAGACUAAGCCUUUCAGCAUCAUCCCUGCUUCUUUAAUGGAUACAGUAUUUACUGAAGUGCGGUCUCAGUGCACCGAUCUAUUUAAAACCGCCAUUAUCGAGGAUGUCUAUCCUUGUACUCGAUUACAGGAAGGUCUGAUGGUUCUAGCUGUCAAGCAGCCUGGAUCAUAUGUUGCAAAGCAUCUAUACCGCCUUACUGCUGGUGUCGAUAUCGAGCGCUUCAAGCAUGCCUGGGACCAGACUAUUGAAGCUUGUGCAGCACUCAGGACGCGAAUCGUCCUUGUUGAUGGCUCUGCCUACCAGGCCGUCAUUAAAGACCCUGUUGAGUGGCAUGCAUCUUCCGAUCUCCGCUCAUUCAUCAUGUCCGCGGAAAAUUCCGAAGUGGGCUAUGGUUCUCCUCUCUGCCGAUAUGCUAUUAUUGAACAGGAUGGAGAAAAGUAUUUCGCUUGGAACAUCCACCACACCAUUUUCGACGGAUGGACUUUGCCGCUGAUAAUGAGUACGCUUCACGCGUUCUACCGUGGUACUAAUAUUCCCUCACUUCUCCCAUAUGCUGGCUUUGUGAAGAAAGCCAUAUUCCCUCCUGGAAGUGAAGCAAUCAAAAGCAAAAAGAUGGAAAAUUCGACUCGUGUGAUGCACAAGACAAUUGACUUCCCACAUUCUACCAACACGUCAAUCACGAAAGCAACUAUCCUCCGAGCCGCCUGGGCCAUUGUACUAGCACGGUACAAUAAUUCUGAUGAUAUUUGCUUUGGAACUACUGUUUCUGGUCGCCAUGCCCCUGUCCCUGGAAUAGAGCGGAUGCCUGGACUUGUCCUUGCGACUGUUCCUAUUCGCGUUAAGCUUAAUCAGGAGCAAUCUCUAGAUAGCUUCUUGGACAGUAUCCAGUCACAAGCCUCUGAGAUGGUUGCUUAUGAGCAAUUCGGCAUCCAAAACAUUUCCAAACUGAAUGCCCAAGCUAAGGAGGCCUGCGAUUUUACUAGCUUGUUAGUCGUGCAGCCCGUCCAGCAUAUCACAUCCACUGGCAGCGAAGAGGGAGAGGCCCUUCUCACUGCUGCUGCAGCUGAGGAUAUUCAAACUGCUGAGAUGCUAGACAACUAUUUCAAUUAUCCCUUGGUUCUGCAGUGUAAUUUGCUCGAUGACAGCGUCAAUUUUGCCCUCGUCUACGAUUGCGACAUUAUUGCUGAACUCCAGCUCAUUGGCCUGUCUCACCAAUUCGAAUACGUGGUUUCUCAACUGCUUAGACAGGGCGAUAGCUCUCUAUCCACCAUUUCAGUGGCAAGCGAAUGGGAUUUGCAAUUCUCACGAGCCGCAAACCAUGAUGAACCCGCUGUUAUUGAUGACUGUAUUCAUAAUCUGAUUGAGCGACAAGCCCUGAUCAAUCCCAACGCUCAAGCUAUAAGCGCUUGGGAUGCUAUAUUUACCUACGCCGAAUUAGAUCGUUCUGCGAAUAAAUUGGCAAAUUAUCUCAGUCGAUUCAUGGGCGUAGAGCUUGGCGACUUUGUUCAUGUGUGUUUCGAGAAGUCGGCUUGGUAUGUGGUCUCGAUUUUGGCAAUCAACAAAGCUGGAGCUGCUUGGAUUCCUCUCGACCCAUCACAUCCUGCUGAGCGCCACCAGCAAAUUAUUGGCCACACUAAAUCAAAAUUAGCUCUCACUUCCGCAGCCAAUUUUAACAAAUUUAUCAAUCUAGUGGCCCACGUUUUAGAGGUGACAGAAGAAUUUGUUGAUACCUUGGCAGAGCAAUAUAACGACAGUGAGCCGUUGACUGAAGUUACGCCUCAAGAUGUGGCUUAUAUACUUUUUACCUCUGGAUCAACUGGUGUCCCCAAGGGCGUGGUUAUAGAACACGGAGCUCUCUGUAGCAGUCAAACAUCCUAUAGCAGGAAACUCGGCCAUGCUCCUGGUGUCCGAAUGCUUCAAUUUUCCUCAUUUAUGUUUGACGCCAGUGUUGCUGAAAUAUUCGCCCCGCUAAUUUCAGGCGCCUGUGUUUGCAUUCCGUCUUGGAACACGCAAAUGAAUUCACUAGCAAGCUACAUUUGCGAGGAAAACGUUACAUGGGCACUGAUAACUCCUUCUCUUGCCCGCACUAUAAAUCCGCACGAAGUCCCUUGCUUGGAGGUCUUAAUCCUUGGUGGUGAAGCUGUCGGCCGGGAUGUUUUCGAGCUUUGGUUUGGCAAACUGCGUCUAUUCAACGCCUGGGGUCCUACAGAAUCGUGUGUUUUUGGCUCUUUGCAUGAAUGGAAGUCCUUAAACGAAUCGCAUAUGACAAUUGGGCGGCCACUUGGUGGUCACUGCUGGAUUGUUGAUCCUGAAGAUCCGCACAAGCUAGCCCCAACCGGCACUUUUGGUGAGGUUGUCAUCCAAGGACCUAAUUUGCUUCGCGAAUAUCUUAUGGACAAAGAUAAGACUGCCUCAUCAAUUGUUGCUAGUCUUCCUGAUUGGGCUCCUUAUCGUCACUCCCGCCACUAUAACAGGUUCUAUAAGACAGGUGAUUUGGCAAAGUAUAAUACAGACGGAACCAUCCAAUACUACAGCCGAAAAGACACACAAGUCAAGAUUCGAGGUUUGCGUGUGGAAUUGGGCGAAGUUGAGCAUCAUAUCCGCCAAAAUCUUGAUGGCGUCCAACAGGUCGCUGUGGCUGUGUUCGAGACUGACGCUGGUGUCAAUCUUGUGUCUUAUGUCUGCUUCAAUAACGAGACCCUUCCGGCUAGCAUGACUAGCGAUCUAACAAGAGAUGAUAUUGUCUUACAAUUAACGGGCGAACUUAAAGAUAACAUUACCAGUCUGCUGGGUCAACUUAAUGUUGUCUUGCCUGGAUAUAUGGUCCCCACGCUGUUUGUUCCUUGCAAGGCAAUGCCGCUCGUCACGUCUGGUAAACUCGAUAGAAAGCUUUUGUUAAAGCUUACCACUUCGCUAGCCAAAGAACAACUGGAAGAAUACGCUCUUACCGGUGGCGAUAAAAAGCAACCAGAGACUCAGAUGGAGCACAUCUUGCAAAGCCUUUGGGCCGUUGUUCUGAAUAUGCCUCCUACUUCAAUCGGUCGAGACGAUAAUUUCUUGAGAAUCGGCGGUGACUCUAUCGCAGCUAUUCGUCUUGUUUCCAAGGCCCGUGAGAGCCGCGUCUCCAUUAGCUUUGACGAUAUAUUCAGUGACCCCCGACUCUUUGCUAUUGCGGCGAAAGCGACGAGCCUGAGUGAAGAGAAUGAAGAAAUUGCUGUCAUUGAGCCAUUUACCCUCAUUGAUGAGGCUCAUCGUGGCAUUAUUCGUAGCAACUCAUUUAAUCUUCAGUUACAAACUGAUAUGGAAAUCGAAGAUGCGUUCCCCUGCUCGAAGCUGCAAGAAGGUCUGAUGGCUUUGGCUGUAAAGCAACCGGGCUCAUACGUUGCCAAAUUCAACUAUAGCCUACCUGCUAGCGUUGAUGUAGCCCGAUUCAAGAAUGCUUGGGAACAAACUGUCAGACUCUGUGCCAAUAUGCGUACUCGGAUUGUCAAUGUUCACGGCAUGACAAUUCAAACUGUGAUCAAGGACGAUAUUGCCUGGGAGAAUACUACCGGCAUGACAUUAAUAUCAUAUCUACACGCUACUAAAGAGACAGAAAUGGGCUAUGGCUCUCGCCUGUGCCGUUACGCACUGAUCGAGGAAGAAGGCCAGGAUAUCCAGUUCUUGUGGAGCAUUCAUCACGCUGUCUUCGACGGCUGGACAACGCCCAUCAUUCUUGGCGCGCUACACAGCGCUUAUAGAGGUCUCGAAAUGCCCAAAGUCGAAAAUUAUGCUAGAUUCGUCAAAUAUACGAUGGAUAUGAGUUAUCAAGAUGCCAGCGAGUAUUGGAUGAGGGAGCUUCACGACGUCAAGAAGGCUACGUUCCCGUCUACUUCUUCUAUUGAUGCGUCUGACAAGAGCGACAUGACACGAUUCAUGGAAACGAGAAUUGAUUUGCCUCAAACCACUGUGGGCGUCACCAAAGCCACUAUCCUCCGCGCAGCCUGGGCCAUAGUCCUUGCCCGAUACUGCGAUACAGAUGACGUUUGUUUCGGAACGACAAUCUCGGGUAGACAAGCCCCUGUUUCGGGUUUGAUGGAGAUGCCGGGACCAGUUAUCGCAACGGUGCCAAUUCGAGUCCGUCUAGAUCAGCAGAAGUCUGUAGAUGACUUCCUUGAAGACAUUCAAGGUCAAGCUACGAAAAUGCUUCCCUACGAGCAGUUUGGCCUUCAGAAUAUCGGUAAAUUAAGUGCAGACGCGAAGGAUGCUUGCGACUUUUCAUCACUUCUUGUCAUUCAGCCAAUGAAAACUAUCAUCUAUAAUAACGAGGACGAAGAGACUCUACUUGCUGCUCCUGCAUCUGUGGUUGAAAGUAAGGAGGAAGGCAUACAAAAUUACUUCUCCUAUCCAUUGGUCAUCCAAGCGCAUCUACAGGAGGACUUCAUCAAUCUUGUAUUAAUCUACGACUCUGUCGCUCUGCCAGAAGCCCAACUUUUCGCCCUUUCCCAGCAAUUUAAACAUGUUGUUGAGCAGUUGGUUCUUGAACCUCAAUCGGCCCUGGAAUCAAUCUCUAUCGCUUCCGAAUGGGAUGUCGCACAAUGUCUUAAAUUUAAUUCCGAAAUCCCCGAUAUUAUGGACUCUUGCGUUCAUCAGCUCAUUGAGAACCAAGCUGAAAUUCGACCUGAUGCAAUGGCGAUUAGGGCGUGGGACAUGGACUUGACCUAUUCUGAAUUCAAUCGUGCCUCUAACCGACUCGCUAAUUAUCUUACGGCCAGUUAUAACAUCAAAACAGACGACCUAAUACACGUCUGCUUCGAGAAGUCAGCUUGGUUCUUUGUUUCUAUCUUGGCUAUCAAUAAAGCAGGCGCUGCUUGGGUGCCCCUUGAUCCUACUCAUCCGGAACAGCGGCUUCGACAGGUAGUGUCUCAGACACGUGCCACGAUUGCGCUUACUUCGGUGGCAAAUAGAGAUUUGAUGUCUGGUUUAGUCAAUUUUGUGGUAACCGUAAGCGCAGAACUUGAUCUACAGCUAUCUAAACUUGAGGAAAACAGCGAAAUGGGACCGGCAACGACUGUGACUUCAGACAACGCUGCCUAUGUUUUGUUCACUUCUGGAUCAACGGGUGUACCGAAGGGUCUCGUCAUGCAGCACGGCUCUGUGUGUACAUCUCAGACAGCUAUCGUCAAAAGACUUGGGUUAACGCACGAUAUACGCAUGUUACAAUUCGCUGCCUUUGUGUUUGACCUUUCUAUCGGAGAGAUAAUUGCGCCGUUAAUAACAGGCGCUUGUUUGUGCGUACCGUCGGAGCAUACCAGGAUGAAUAGCCUUACGCAGUUUAUUCGAGAAAUGGAGAUCAAUUGGACCUUCCUUACGCCUUCAUUCAUCCGGACAAUUGAUCCGGCAGAAGUUCAAGGACUUGAACUUGUUUUACUUGCCGGCGAGGCCGUCCCAAGGGACGUUUUAGCCACCUGGUUUGGCAAGGUUCGUUUAAUCAACGGAUGGGGGCCUGCUGAAACCUGUGUAUUUUCAACACUCCACGAGUGGAAGUCAGUUAACGAGUCUCCUCUUACAGUUGGUAAGCCAGUCGGUGGUUUCUGCUGGGUUGUUGAUCCAGAAGACCCUCAUCGUCUAGCUCCGACUGGAACAAUUGGAGAGGUUGUUAUUCAAGGUCCGACCCUAUUACGGGAAUAUCUAUCUGAUCCUGAACAGACUCGGUCUUCCACAGUGUAUGAUCUUCCCAACUGGGCACCCCGCCCUAAUUCUAAACACUGGAACAAAUUCUACAAGUCUGGCGAUCUCUGCUAUUACAACCAAGAUGGCACUAUUGAAUUCGCAACGCGUAAAGACACCCAAAUAAAGAUCCGUGGUUUACGUGUAGAGCUUGGAGAGGUCCAGUAUCAUAUCCAGCAGGCACUUCCGACGGCCAGGCAAGUCUCUGUCGACGUAUAUAAGGGCGAAAAUGGUACAAACCUUGUCGCAUACUUCUGUUUCAGUGACGAGACUCGAACUGCAGACACUAGCGAUGAUGCUUCUGACAGCCUAUUCUUGCCAAUUAGCGAAGAUUUGCAGUCUCGAUUAGCAGUAGUUGUUGGUCAGCUCCGCAUUUCACUGCCUCGGUAUAUGGUUCCGGCCAUGUUCGUCCCUUGCAGUUAUAUGCCUUUCAUUACCUCGACCAAGCUUGACCGUAAUAAGCUGAAGAAGCUUACUGAGGUACUGGACAUGGCGCAAAUCGCCCAAUAUUCUCUCCUCAAUGGCAAGAAACGGUCACCGGAAACUCCAAUGGAAGUUUUCUUCCAGAAGCUUUGGUCUGAGCUACUUAGAAUUCCGAUCGAAUCUAUAGGUCGUGAUGAUAGCUUCUUGGGCCUUGGUGGCGAUUCCAUAACCGCUAUCCACAUGGUUAGUGCCGCCCGAGAGUCCGGCGUAUCACUUUCUGUUAAGGAAAUAUUUGACGAUCCUCGUCUAUCUGCUGUUGCUAGCAAAUCUCGAGAGGCUGGAGAAGACGGGCAGAUAUCCAUCAUCAACACUACUCCAUUCUCCAUUAUUGAUACUACGGUACACCAACUGGCUGUCAGCGAUGAAGUCCGAAGCUUUUGCGGCUUGGCAAUUAACGAAGAAGUCGAAGAUGCCUACCCGACCACCACAUUCCAAGAAGGUCUAAUGGCUCUUUCGGUGAAGCAGCCGGGCUCAUAUAUCGCAAAAUAUGCCUACCGAGUGUCUCAAGAAGUUGAUAUCGCCCGCUUCAGGGACGCCUGGGAACGUACUGUAUCGUUGUGUACAACCAUGCGUACUAGAAUAGUUCUCAUCGAUGGCAAAUGCGUACAGAUUGUUAUCAAAGACGGUUCUGUUUGGCAGCCUCAAGAACACAUGGAUGCCAUCAGCACAGCCAAGGCGGCUCAGAAGACUGAGAUGACCUAUGGUUCUCGUCUUUCUCAAAUUCUCUUGGUUGAUGAUGACAAUGGGGACAAAUACUUCUUCUGGACAAUUCAUCACGCAGUUCACGAUGGCUGGACUGUUCGUCUGAUAAUGACUACUUUCCAGAGUAUUUAUUAUAACUUGGAUUUGCCCGCCCUUAAGCCCUACUCAGGUUUUAUUCGGUAUCUUACGGAUAUCAAUUCUCCACAUACGGCCAAUUACUGGAAUCAGCAGCUUCAAGGAGCUAGCAAGGCAUCUUAUCCUCCAGUCAAGCCAACUUCCAUGUCAAAGGGACCCUCACGAGUCGCCAGCAGGACAAUCCAAGUUCCUGCUUCGGCUAACCCCGCCAUCACGAAAGCCACAAUAGUACGCGCGACUUGGGCUGUUUUACUCGCACGCUAUUGCGAUACUGAUGAUAUAACUUUCGGUACGACGAUAUCUGGCAGACAAGCUUCGGUGCCGGGCCUCAUGGAUAUGCCUGGCCCUGUGGUCGCAACUGUUCCUGUGCGUGUGCAUCUGGAUCAGACACAGACUAUUGGCAAGUACCUCCAGGUUAUCCAAAAUCAAGCUCACGAGAUGGUUCCAUACGAGCAAUAUGGUUUGUCAAACAUCGGGAAGAUCAACCCCGACUUCAGGGAAGCGUGUGAUUUUACGAGUUUGCUGGUUGUACAACCUCGAGUACACUUGGAUUCACGCGGCAAAGGCACAUCUGAAGAAGCUGAGGCCACAUCAUCUGCGCUGCUGUUACCUGCUAAUAUUGAAGGUAAUUCAGCUGAAGACUCGAUGCAGGGUUACUUUUCUUAUCCUCUUGUUGUCCAGGGCCAUCUCCUCAGUGAUUCAAUUGAGUUGAUAAUCACCUAUGACUCUUCAGUGCUCUCUGAAUCGUCUAUGCAAGCAUUGUGCUAUCAAUUUGAGCAUGUGGCUUCGCAGCUAUUCACGGACGAAAGCCGCCCGUUAGGUGACUUGGUCGUUGCAUCUGAUUGGGAUAUUCAUCGUGCCAACGAGUUUAAUUCAGAGUUCCCUGAGAUUAUGGACACUUCUAUCCAUCAAUUUAUCGAAUUACGCGCAAGGGAAACUCCUGAUUCACCAGCUAUCUGGGCCUGGGAUGGGGAGUUGACUUAUGGCCAGCUUAAUGAAGCCGCCAAUAAUCUAGCUCACUAUCUCAUCAAUGAGUAUGAUGUUCAAGUUGAGGAUCUCAUACACGUCUGCUUCGAAAAAUCUGUUUGGUAUUGGGUAGCUAUCUUUGCUAUCAACAAGGCUGGUGCUGCGUGGGUACCUCUAGAUCCAUCCCAUCCUGAGCAACGUGUUCGCCAAGUUACCUCACAGACUCGAUCUCAGUUGGCUCUCACGUCCAGUAAUACCCGAAGCUUCAUUUCCGGCAUUAUCGACCGAGUAGUCGAAGUUUCUCCUGCCUUGUAUGAGCAGAUCAACAGCUCACUCGGUGCAAAUGACCCUCAGAUCCCAGUCUCAUCUCACAACGCUGCCUAUAUGUUAUUUACUUCUGGAUCUACGGGCGUGCCCAAGGGUCUAGUAAUGACUCAUGGUGGUUUGGCAACCAGUCAGACUGCUAUCAGGAAGAGAAUAGGUAUAAACGCAAAUAACCGGACGCUCCAAUUUGCUUCGCAUGUGUUUGACCUGUGUCUUGGCGAAAGUAUACUACAGCUGAUUUCGGGCGCCUGUAUGUUCAUUCCUUCGGAGCACACUCGGAUGAAUGGUCUGAAAGAAUUCAUCGCUGAGCAUGAAAUAAACACACUUUUGCUCACACCAUCGUUUGUGAGGACUUUGAGUCCGGAUCAAAUCCCCUCGGUCACCCUUUUGCUAUUAGCUGGUGAAGCCGUUCCUCGCGACAUACUUACCACUUGGUUUGGUAGAGUUCGAUUAUGGAACGGCUGGGGUCCUGCGGAGACUUGUCUAUUCAGCUCUCUACAUGAGUUCCAAUCCGUGGAUGAGUCGCCAUUAACAAUUGGCCGUCCCGUAGGAGGCUUCUGUUGGGUCGUAGACCCGACAAAUCCCAACAAACUCGCCCCUAUCGGCACAGUAGGCGAAGUCGUCAUCCAGGGUCCAACAAUCUUGAGGGAAUAUCUCGCUGAUACCGACCGUACUGAAGCUACUAUAAUGUAUGAGCUGCCUGCCUGGGCCCCAUCCCGAGAUCAACCCUCUUGGUCGCGAUUCUUCAAGUCCGGUGAUUUGGCCUUAUACAAUACUGAUGGCACGCUUGAAUUCUCCAGCAGGAAGGAUACACAAGUCAAGAUUCGCGGCCUUCGUGUGGAGCUUGGCGAAGUUGAGUAUCACGUCCGGAGUGGCCUUGAAGGCGCUCGACAAGUUGCCAUUGACGUUUUAACGACAGACUCUGGCACAAGACUCAUCGCAUACUUCUGUUUCACGGAUAAAACGCGCACUGCCGGUAUUUCUCAAUCAGAUGAAGACAUAUUCCUACCUGUAACAGAAGAGCUUCGGACACAGCUUGCCAAGAUGAUCAGCCAGCUCAAUAUUACGCUACCUCGCUAUAUGGUACCCUCGCUCUUCAUUCCAUGUCGCUACAUGCCUUUCAUCACCUCUACAAAGCUUGACAGAAAUAGAUUAAAGAAGCUCGUUUCAGAAUUGAGCCAAGACGACUAUGCCGCCUAUUCCUUGCGCAAUAGUGUCAAGCGCCUACCCGAGACCGAAAUGGAAAUUCGCAUGCAAGAGCUUUGGUCUGCCGUAUUGCACAUGCCUAAAGAACAAAUCGGUUGUGAUGACAGCUUCUUGCAAAUUGGUGGUGAUUCGAUCACAGCUAUCCAGCUUGUUACAAAUGCUCGUGAGGCUGGUAUCUCGAUUGCAGUCAAGGAUAUCUUCGACGAUCCUCGCCUUUCAGCGCUUGCUUUAGCAGCUGCUGACAACGAUGGCCGCAUCAAUGCUUCUGCACCCAUCGCGCCUUUCAGUUUGCUUGGAGAGCCACUAACCAAAUCUCUCAUCUCUGAUGUUGUGGAGGAGCAAUGUCAUCUCUCUGGAGAUGAACUGCUAGAGGAUGCCUAUCCUUGCACAAAGCUACAGGAAGGACUUAUGGCCCUCGCAAUCAAGCAGCCUGGAUCUUACAUUGCCAAGCAUGUCUAUCAACUUCCCGACUACGUGGAUGUUCGAAAAUUCCGUGCUGCUUGGGAAAGAACCGUUAAUGACGUUGCUUGGGAUGAUACCUCUGAGAUUUCACUUUCAGCUUAUGCUCGUGAUACGCUCCAAUUCGAAAUGGCAUAUGCUCAGCGCCUGUGUCGCUAUGCGAUCAUUGAGGAAGGGCCCAGCAAUUAUUUCGCUCUCAGCAUUCACCAUACCGUCUUCGAUGGUUGGUCUCUGCCGUUGAUCAUGGGCACACUGUCUGCAGCAUAUCACGAUCUUGAGCUUCCCCCUCUACAGUCAUACGCUGCUUUUGUAAAGUACACUUUGGGCCUCGAUAACAACGCCGCUUCCGAGUAUUGGAAGAUGCAGCUUGAUGGUGCCAAACGCGCAAGCUUCCCGGCACCUAGUGACAAGGCUGGGGUUUCUCAAACUCGUGUCAUGAAUAAGGCCAUAGAAUUCCCCAAGUCAACAAACACAUCUAUCACAAAGGCUUCUAUUUUACGUGCCGCCUGGGCUAUUGUUCUCGCACGCUACUCAGAUAGCGAUGAUGUAUGCUUUGGAACCACAGUAUCGGGCCGUCAUGCUAAUGUAACCGGCCUUGAAUCUAUGCCUGGUCUUGUCGUCGCUACUGUUCCUGUUCGUAUUCGCCUUGAUAAGCAAAAGCCUCUCACUCAAUUCCUUCAAGAGGUACAAUCACAGGCUUCCGACAUGGUUGAUUAUGAACAGUUUGGCAUCCAAAAUAUUUCCAAACUUGGUUCUGACGCGAAAGAUGCCUGUGAUUUCACGUCUCUCUUGGCUAUCCAGCCCGUUCAGCACAUGAGUGCUGAUAGCAAAAUUUCCGGUGAUCAGAAUGCCCUUGUAACUCCUGCCACUCUACCCGAAAUCAAAGCUGAGAACAUGCUGCAAAACUAUUUCUCUUAUCCUCUGGUUAUCCAGUGUCAUCUCUUGGAAGACCUCGUCAAUUUGGUUUUCAUCUAUGAUUCUGACGUCCUUGGCGAAGCUCAACUAGGCGCCAUCAUGCAUCAGUUUGAUCAUGUUGUCCAGCAACUGCUUGCCCAGGACGACGAAAUGCUCGGUGAGGUGUGUGUUUCAGGGCCUUGGGACGCCCAGCAGGCCGUGCAACUGAACAGCAAGAAGCCUGAUCUCAUACAUACUUGCCUCCACGACAUAUUUGCUGAGCAUGCUUCUAACAGCCCUCAUCACGAGGCCAUCUAUUCUUCAGAAGGUAGUUUCACUUAUGGCGAACUUGACCAUUUGACCGAUAUCUUUGCCACACAUCUGAGCUCGUUAAAUGUUGGCCCAGAAACAGUAGUACCGUUCUGCUUCGAGAAAUCAAUGUGGGCUGUGGUUGCGAUUCUGGCUAUUCUCAAGGCGGGCGCCGCUUUUGUACCUCUUGAUCCGUCGCAUCCAAACAGUCGCCGUGAGACAUUAGUCAGGGAAGUUAAUGCUCGCGUGCUCAUCGCGUCUUCUAAUGCCAUCGCCUCGUGCGUUGGUAUGGCUGAGCAUAUUGUCGAGUUGUCACCUAGUGUAAUAAGCAAACUUGCCACUUCUAUUACCCCCAAGGUUCUACCCAAGGUUGGACCGAGGAACACGGCAUAUGUCUUGUUCACUUCUGGAUCGACUGGUAAACCAAAAGGUGUUGUCAUGCAGCAUGGCUCUUUCAGCUCUACAACCAUUGGAUAUGGCAAGGUGUAUAACCUUUCCCCAUCGUCAAGAAUCUUCCAGUUCUCCAAUUAUAUCUUCGAUGGUAGCCUUGGUGAGAUUUUUGGACCAUUAGCCUUUGGUGGAACCGUCUGUAUCCCUACCGAUGAUGAGCGCCUUCAAUGCGCUCCCGACUUUAUGCACAAAGCCAUGGUCAACACAGCCAUGUUGACGCCGUCCUUUGUAAGAACCUUUACGCCAGAUAAAGUGCCUCACCUGAAGACUCUUGUUCUCGGUGGUGAAGCUGCUUCUAAGAGCAUUUUGGAAAUGUGGGUUGACCGCGUUACUCUGUUCAACGGUUACGGACCUGCUGAGGCCUGUAAUUACGCCACGACACAUAUGUUCAAGUCCAGUGCUGAAUCUCCUCGUAUUAUUGGAUCCGGUUUCAAUGGUGCCUGCUGGGUUGUAGAACCAGACAAUCAUAACAAGCUCACCCCUAUGGGCUGUAUAGGCGAACUUGUCCUUCAGGGUCAUGCUCUGGCUCGCGGCUAUCUCAAUGACAAAGUCAGGACGGAAGAGUCGUUCGUUAGCGAAAUUGGUUCUCUUCCAUCUUCUCUCCUGCACGAGCCGAAGCGAUUCUAUCUUACCGGAGACCUUGUCCGCUAUAAUGCAGAUGGUGAAUUAGAAUACCUCGGACGAAAAGACUCUCAAGUCAAACUACGAGGCCAGCGUCUUGAGCUAGGUGAGAUUGAGUACACCAUCACUCAGUCACUUGAGAGCGUGCGUCUCGUCGCUGUUGAUGUUCUUCAUAGGCAGGCUGGUGAUGCACUGAUUGCUUUUAUCUCAUUUGUUGGCGAUGUGAACGCGGGAUGGGUCACCGACAACCUGCGCCUGAAUCUGCAUGUUUCUGAUGAUGCGAUGAGGUCAGCGCUUGGUAGUCUGAGAGACAGCUUAAAGGCCACUCUACCCGGUUACAUGGUUCCCAAUAUCAUCCUGCCUCUCCAAUGCAUGCCUUUUAUCACAUCUAUGAAGCUUGAUAGAAAGCAGCUACAAACUCUUGCAGGUUCUCUAUCAUCUGAGGAGCUUGCCGCAUUUGCACCAAGUAAAACAGACAAGACUGAGCCGACAACUGAUAUGGAAUUCAAGCUACGAGAUCUUUGGGCCACGAUUCUUAAAAUCCCCACAGAAGAGAUUGGCAAGAACGAUAGCUUCCUUCAAAUUGGAGGUGACUCUAUCUCAGCUAUUCAUUUGGUUACCCUAGCUCAAGAGCAUGGUAUCCAAAUCACUGUGGCAAGUAUUUUCGCCGACCCCAGACUAUCAGCAGUUGCUACAUCUGCCAGCCUCGGUCAUGUUACCGACACGUAUGAGGCCGAACCUUUCAGUUUGAUUUAUCCGUCUGAACGUGAAUCUGUCAUUCGUGAAAUCAAGCAGCAAUGCAACCUCUCUACCUCUCAGUCGAUUGAGGAUGCUUACCCUACUACCAAGCUGCAGGAAGGUCUUGUGGCUUUAUCUGUCAAACAGCCAGGCUCCUAUACGGCGCAGUACGUGUACCGUAUUCCUGAGCACGUCGACAUUGAGAAGUUUAGGGUAGCUUGGAACAAGACUGUCGAGGUCUGUCACAAUCUCCGAACUUCUAUUGUUCUUGUUGGACCCAAGACUAUCCAGGCUGUUAUCAAAUGCAGUUCAGAGUCCUUGUGGGAACCUACCAAGGAUGUGUCGCUGCAGUCUUAUAUGCAAAAUGCAAUCCAAAUCUUCAACAUGGGCUAUGGUUCCCGACUCUGCCGCUAUGCUCUGAUUAAGGAUGGUGGUAAUAACUAUUUCGCCUGGCAUAUCCACCACUCUGUAUAUGAUGGCUGGACUCAACCGCUUAUCAUGUCCACUUUCUAUGCCGCCUACUUUGGCACGGAGAUGCCUCCUCUGCAGCCUUUCGCCCGCUUCGUCAAAUACGCGACAAGCAUUGAUCAGAAUGAUGCUGCAGAAUACUGGAAACAUCAACUUCUCGAUGCCAAGCCGGCUUCGUUCCCAGCAAUUAACCAGCAACUAGCUGCUACGGAUAGCAAAGUAGAUGUGACCCGAAUAUUAACAAAAUCUGUGGACUUCCCAAGAUUAACAAACACAUCUAUCACCAAGGCCACAAUCAUGCGAGCUACCUGGUCGAUUAUUCUAGCUCAAUACUGUGAUGCUGAUGAUGUAUGUUUCGGUACAACCGUCUCUGGCCGUCAUGCUUCUGUGCCUGGUUUAGACUCUAUGCCUGGUCCUAUGGUUGCUACUGUUCCUGUCCGAGUGCGCCUUGAUAAAGAUCAGCCAACUUCACGGUUCUUGCACGACAUUCAGAUACAAGCCUCGGAAAUGGUUGCAUAUGAGCAAUUUGGUCUCCAAAACAUCGCUACUCUAAGCACUGAGGCUAAGCAAGCAUGCGACUUUUCUAGCUUGCUUAGCAUUCAACCUGCUCAGCAACAGACUACAGAUGAGAACAGAGUGGCUGGUACUGAUGUCAUCCUAUUACCCGCCAGCUCUGAGCAUUCCGCCGAGAGCUCUUUGCAAAACUUCACCAGCUAUCCAUUGGUCAUUCAAAUUAUUAUCAUGGAUAAUCAUUUCGAGUUGUUACUUAUUUACGACUCCAAUGCUGUGACAGAGUUCCAGGCUACAUCCAUAUCUGAGCAAUUCAGCAACGUUGCCAAGCAACUCGUUGCUCAAAAAGAGACAUUAAUCGGCGAUAUCGAAGUAUCUGGUUCUUGGGAUCUUCAAAAGCAGCUCGAGUGGAAUGAUGAAAUUUAUGGCUCUGCUGACACCACUCUACACGAUCUCAUCUCCAAACAGGCAACUCGCAGACCAGAUCACGAAGCCCUUUACAGCAGUGAAGGAAGCAUAACCUAUAUCGAGCUUGACCGUCUGACGACUCAGCUUGCUGUGUAUCUCAGCCGUAUGGGUGUCCGACCUGAGACUAUCGUGCCAUUCUGCUUUGAAAAGUCCAUGUGGUCCAUCGUCGUGAUGCUAGGCAUCCUUAAAGCCGGUGGUGUUUUUAUCCCACUCGAUCCAUCACAUCCUACCAGCCGCCGCCAGGCUUUGAUUGAUGAAGUUUGCGCCCAGUUCAUGAUUGUGUCACCGACGACCGCCCCCGAUUGUCAGGACAUGGUCAAAAACACAGUCGAGCUUUCUCCCUCUUUGAUUGCUUUCAUUUCUGCAAUCGAUACUAACGAACAGCCUUUUGUUAUGCCAAGUCCCAAUAAUGCUGCUUAUGUUCUUUUCACUUCCGGCUCAACUGGUAAGCCCAAGGGUGUCAUCAUCGAACACAAGGCCGUCUCUGCAGCGCUUCUCAGGCAACGUGAUGCCUUUUCAAUCAACGCCGGUUCAAGAAUGUUUCAAUUUGCUAACUAUGUCUUCGAUGCUUGCAUGAUUGAAAUUUUCACUUCACUUAUUGUGGGUGCUACUGUUUGCGUACCAACUGAAGAUGAACGUAUGAGCAACACAGCAGCCUUCAUUCGCGAGGCUCGCAUCAACCAUGCGUUCCUAACACCCACCUUCAUCAAGACUCUAUCUCCAAAUCAGGUUCCUGGAAUGAAGACCAUCCUGAUUGGAGGCGAGGCUCCUUCAAAAGAGGUCAUUGAGAAUUGGGCCAAUGAGGUAGAGCUUCGCAACGUUUAUGGGCCGGCAGAGGCUUGCGUUGCUACGACCAAUUACUUAUGUUCUUCAACCGCCACCGUCUCAGCUACCACCCUCGGCGGCAGCUUUAACCACGGCUUCUGGAUUGUUGAUCCUGAUAAUCAUGACCAGCUUACGCCAAUCGGUUGCAUUGGUGAGCUAUUGCUGCAAGGUUCUUCUCUAGCUCGCGGCUACAUCAACGAUGAAAACAGAACUAGACAAUCAUUCAUUGAAGGAGUCAAAUGGUUGCCAUCUAAUGUUGAUGUGGGAGAACGCCGCUUCUAUAAGACUGGUGACUUAGUCCGCUAUGUUUCAAACGGCUCCAUCGAGUAUCUCGGCCGAAAGGAUGCUCAAGUCAAGAUCCGUGGUCAACGUAUCGAACUUGGCGAGAUUGAGUAUCAUAUCAAGCGUUCCGAUACCGCCAUUGAGCACGCUGUAGUUGGUAUCACUAGAAAAGAUGGUCGCGAGUCUCUCCUGGCCUUCGUAUGCUUCAACUCGCAGCAAGAAGCCGAAAGUGCUUCCAAGGAGAUUCACCUCACAGAGCUCGCUGACGAGCUUCGUGAAAUGUUCUCUAAUAUCGCUACUAGUAUCAGCUCCGCUCUGCCUAACCACAUGAUUCCCAAGUACUUCAUACCUGUUGACCAUAUGCCUCAUAAUGCUGCUGGCAAAUUGGAUCGAAAGAUGCUCCUCGAGUCGAUUACCAAUCUCACGACUGAUGACCUUUCGAAAUACCUCGCCGUCCAACGUCUACCUUUCCGCGACUGCUCGAGCGAUAUUGAAUUCUGGAUUCGACAUCAAUGGGCGACCACGCUUGAUCUUCCUGACGAUACCAUUGGCGUAGAUGACAACUUUUAUAGCCUCGGAGGCGACUCUAUUCGCAUUGUUACGAUUUCUAAAGCUAUCCUCAACCAGUAUGGUGUUUCUCUUGGCAUGUCCCUUCUCAACUCGAAGCACACUACGAUCGCAAAUAUGGCCAAGCACAUCGACAAUGAACUCGCCGGACAAGAAAAUGAGCAAUUCAGCGACAUCGAUUUUAACGCUGAAAUCUCGUCUUUUUCUCGCUCUGUAUUGGAUACUGGUGCCCUGGAUGUUGCUGCCAAUCCUAGAACCGAGCUGCCUGACCAAGCUGUUGUCUUCCUCACUGGUGCUACAGGUUUCCUCGGUCAGGAGAUCCUUAGACAACUCAUCUCUAACGAUGCCAUUGCUUCAAUAAUAACUCUCGUGCGAUCCAAGUCUGUCGAUCAUGGCCUGGACCGUAUCCGCGAAACUGCCAAGAUUGCUGGCUGGUGGCACGAAGAUUACAAGAGUAAGAUCGAGAUAUGGUGUGGUGACUUGGGCGAGAAACGAAUGGGCCUCAGCGAUACGCAGUGGGCACGCCUAGCCGGCCAGUCUAGCAACAAUGUCGAUGCCAUCAUCCACAACGGUGCCAUCGUAAACUGGAAUGCCGAUUAUGACAAGAUGCGUGCUGCUAAUGUGGAUUCCACUAUUGAUCUCCUCAAGGCUGCUGUCAACUCCCCUGCUUCUCCCAAGUUCAUCUUCAUCUCUGGCGGUAUCAAGUCGGACCCUACUCAAGAUCGCACUCUUCUCGCGCAGUAUCUCGGUCGAACCACUGGUUACAGCCAGACCAAAUUUGUCUCCGAGGGCGUUAUUCAGGAGGUCAUCAAUACUCUCCCCGCUGAUCAGAACCGCAUUUCUACUCUCAAACCCGGUCGCAUCAUCGGAUCGCCUGAGACUGGUGUAGCUAAUGUGGAUGAUAUGCUGUGGCGUGUUGUUUCUACCGCUGCAUCCCUUCGUGCCUAUCCUUCAGAACCGGAGGAGCAUUGGCUCUCUGUUGUUGACGUUGCUACUGUUGCAUCAUCCGUGCUUAGCCAAUUAUACACAAAGGAAGGCAUCGCGCCCUUCGUCAGCGUCAAUGGUGGUAUGCCAGCCACAGUCUUCUGGGACCUCAUCAACAAGGAGCUUGAAAUCCCUUGCGAGCCUCUUCCAUCGGAUGAAUGGACUCACCGAGCCUUGGAAUCAAUGAAUGAAAUUGGCGACAAGCAUCCCCUGUGGCCUGUGCAGCACUUCCUUGGUAACCUUGGCCUUGUUCGAUCUACCGAGGAAAUUGAAGUCGAGGGUGUUGAACAUGAGCAGUGGCACACGGCUGUUAAAAUGAGCAUGCGCUAUCUGAUGGAAAUUGGCUUCAUCCAGUCGUCCACUGACGGUUUUGCUAAGCCUCGUCGCGCCGGAACUUUCCAGCGUAUACAUGGUUAA